AUGGCCUCCAUCAUUUGCCGGGUUCAGUACCUGGAGGACUCGGACCCGUUCAUCUGCACAAACUUCCCGGAGCCGCGGAGACCUCCGACCGUGAACAUCGAGGAAAACCUGCCGCUGAGUGAGCAGAUCGCCGGGAUACACAAUCUGCUGGAGGCGCCUCUGAAGGUGGGUCAUUACCUGAUCAGCGACAACACUCUCACCCUGGAGGUUAUUUUUUAACUUUAUCUGACUGUAAAACAACCUCCGGACUGUUUUUUAACUUUAAACCUGUUUUUGUCAAUUUUUAAACGAAUUGUCUCUUUUUAAAGAGACAAAGUUAAGAGUUAUGGCUACAGGUGUCAGUGAAGCUACAGUCCUAACCAAACCUCAUUCAAAAAUCAGGUGUUUUCAUUUAACCGCGGUUAUGUGGCAAUUUACCCGACUCUCCUUUUCUUUAACGUUUUUUUUAAUUUUCGGUUUACAUUAAUUCAAUAUAGUGUACAAACGUGGCCGAAUUCACCGGAAUAAUUUUGUCUUUUAACCAGCAGUUAGCUUAGUGCCUGUGGUUGCUAGUUACAGCUGCUCUACUAAAAAUAUAUGUUUUUAUUAUAUGGAAUCUGGUAUGAAGUUAUUUUUAGCUCCUGUUUUUUAUACGUGAGAACUUUUGGUCCUCUCAGGGUUCACUAAAAAAAGAUCUUAAAUCAACAAUUUUGAGCAUGAAGUUCAAUACUCAAUAAACCAGCAGCUGUUUUGAAGUGAGGUCUGGAGUGAUGGGAUCCACCUUCUUGGUCUUAGUGAGGACUCCAGCUGCAGCUUCUGAUCCACUUUUAUAAAAUACCUGCAAAGACAUACAGUGUGUACUGCUGUGGAGUAUAAAAAAAAAGACUUUUUCAGGACACUGAAUUUGUUUCUGUAAGUGGUGAGUGUAAGACAGUGAUGCAUGACUCACUUUAGGGUCAUGGUGAUAGAUUCCAGUGCAGGUUGCCACACAGACCUAAAUAGAUCACUAAUUGUGUAAUAGACUGCGACGAAACGUAGGUCAGACAGUCAUGUUCCUUACAUGCAUACAUGAUUAACUAUUAACUUUAAUUCUUAUUUAUGUUCAUACCCCAAAAACAGCCUUUAAUAUCCUACGUUUCUGUUAAAAUCACCAGUCACUGAGUUUCUGAUUUUGACCGAUCAACAGAUAUUUUCUCCCAAAUAUUGAAUUUUAGGGAAAAGAAAACCGCUUUUUCUCACAGUGGAGAACCUGAACAGUCAUUCAUCAGGAGUUUAACGUUGAUUGAAGAGUUCACUGACGAAUGAAUGUUGACCUGGUGUGAAUGAGUCAGGAUAUUUACAGACUGAAUAGAGACAGUUGGCAUGACAACCAUCGCAGCUGACCUCCUUGGAGCUGCGCCGUACUGUCCCUCAAUUUAAGAAGAUUCAAGUCCACUCCUAGUUUUGGUUCUGGAUGGUCUCUUAAAUCCGUUUGUGAUAGAGGCGUUAUAAAGGCAAGGAAACAAACAAACAAACAAACUGAAGCCAAAUGCAUUUUUUGUAAUUUUCUGUGUUUUUGCAGGAAAGAAUGAAAGAAAACUCUAAACAUUUUCCAUCAAAGUUAAGCAAAUAGGCUGCAGCAAUCGAAUAUUUAUAUAAUUAAGUAUUCUAUUGAUUUUUACAGUCAUUAAUCAGUUAAUCUAAUAAGAAGGGUAUGUUUUUUUUGUAUUACUGCUAUUAUUAUAUACUAAUAUGUUAUAUUAUUAUAUUAUAUUGUACUAAUUAGGGCUAAAACGAUUCCUUGAAUACCUCGAUUACAAAUAAUGAUCGAGGAAUUUUCUCUGCCUCGUUUAUCAGCUCAAAUCGUUACGGAUUCGCACAGAUUCUUUUGAAGUACGGUAGAAGGAGGAGUUAGCACCGUUUAGGUUUUGCAGAGCCGAAAAAAUGCUUUUUUUCCAGUGUUGCCAACCGAGCGACUCUGCACACUUCUCUUCACGUUAGCUUGUAGCCUAACAUCGCUGGUGUCGUAGCAGAAGCAGGUAACUUCAGAGCUAUUCAGCUUUCGGACGCUAAUGUCUUUAGGGACAUGAUUAAAGUUAAUAUCAUAAUUAGCUUUCUUACGAGUAUAGCAAUCCGCUAACGCACACUCUUGUUCCGUGAUUGUCCUCUUUUUCGCGGGGUCUGGCCUUCAUUGCGGGGCUACAGGAAAUCUAACUUUAUGUGAGUCUGCUGUUUGCAUCCGAUUACUCGAGUAAUUGGUAGAAUAUUCGGAAGAAUACUCGAUCACGAAAAUAUUCGAUAGCUGCAGCUCUAAUACUAAUAAAGUUCUUCUUGUUAUAAUAUUCUAUUAUUAUCCUAGAAUUGUACAUGAGAAUCGGUACGACAUUUUAAUGGUAAGUGUUUGAGUAGGUUACGAAGCCCGUGGGAAAAUGCAAAUAUGGCCACCCUAUCUGUUUAAGUUCUCCAGUUGGUCCACCCCAGUCUUAAAGUUUGGGCACGCCCCUGGAGAGCAGCGCAGAGAAAACAGCGGGAUCUGAGAGCGAUAAGGCUUUUACGUCAGUUUAACAAAGACUGAGAAAUAUUUCGAGUCAGUCAAACUUAAACUCCUGUUCUUGAAAAAGUGUAAAAAGGCAAAUUCCCAAACUGGCGGGAGGAAAAUUAACGGUCAGCUGGAGCGCUAUAGUGAAACCACUGCUGCGCCUAAACAGCACCUGUCCUGUCGGCAAGUAGAUCAGGAUGAAGUAAAAAAAAAAAAAAGUUCACCACUCUGAAGAGGAUUGGGUGUAGGGCUGGGCGAUAAACCGAAAAUUUACCAAUAACGAAAUUUACAACAAUAACCAUUUUGUCAUUUUGCUCAUAUUCGUAUAUUCGGUGUCAAAAAAAUCAAAGUUGUUUUUGGAUGUGUGUAGGUAGGCUAUGGUCUCAUGUCCCUUUAAGACUCUGUCCUACGUCAGAGACGGGACUCCACCCCAUCCAGUCUGUAACAAAGAGGGAAAGACAGGUGAGGAGAUGGAGGACGGAGAGAAAGUUGGAGCGGCUGAAGUAGACGAAGUUAAUGUGGGAGGGGGUGAGCAGCUGGUGGAGUAGUUAUCAUCCAUUUAUCGUUAUCGAGGUGAACUGAUCAAUAUAUCGUGAUAUUGAUUUUAGGCCAUAUCGCCCAGCCUUAGUUAUGUGCAUCUUGUCCAUGUAGAUAAUCCUGUAAACGGAGUUUGGAAGGCGUGUCUGCUGCUGUUCGGUCCUCUGUAGGUCAGUUAUUGUCUGUUAUUGUCCUGAGCGCGCGUUUCCAAACAGCAAGAGAGCGCAGCGACAUGCUUCAGAGGCUUACUCAGCGUGAAGUCACAGUUUCAUAUCAGCCUUUUUUCUUUUACUGUGGCACUCAUUCCUCUUUUAUCAGAGAGGCUAAAGUACACUGACCGAGAUCCAGCCUGUUGUUGUGGUGUAUAAGGAGGCGGUCUUACUCAGCGGAAUAUUUGUUCAUACCAGCAGUCAUCUUCAUCCUGACGCUCUGACUGUAGUGACCCUGAUAUCCCCUCCGUGGGACAGGACUCCUGUUUGUUGCUCAGAUCGACUUUAUGACUUCCUUGUUAGUUACAUAAAGGAGACUGAAAUCUGCUCCAGUCUGCUGCUGCGAGGCGUUCGGAGCCCCGCUGGAAUCUCUGGGAUCAGAUAAAGAACAGAGUGCCAGUCCCACUAGAUUACAUUCCUCCUCUGACCCCCUAAUUGUUCCCAUCAUGCUCUGGGACUAGACCUGAGGGCUGAAAUCCAAUUAGGUGAUCUGACCAUGCGGAGACUCGUUUUUGCCAAAUAUUUUAUGAAUCCUUCUGCAGAGUUUCUGGUUAUUUAGAAGUGGUUUUUCGCCCCACUUCCGGGGGAGAUUGUGGAGGAAAAGGGUGGGACCUGUAAACAGGAGAUAAGCUGGAUGGAGGGAUGGAUGGACGGACGGAUGUAAUACUAACAGGGGGGUGUUGAUAAGAAGAAAAAGGCCUUUCCUUCCUGCUCCUGCUAAGACAGCAGCUGCAGAGAAACAGCAUGAUGAGGGUUUGUUUGGAGACUCAUUGUCCUAUACAAAGAUAUGUUUAGCCUAGCUUAGCGCAGAGACUGUUGGAGUCUCUGGUUGGAAAUGCAUAAAGCUCUGAGAGAGAGAGGAGAUGUUUUUAAAGUCCCAGUCCGACCAAAGAUGCUCAUCGUUGUUUACUCAGAAAAAGUGCAGAUGUUAUUUUGUAGACUGUCACUGUAUCGUGGAAAUUUCCAUAACUGGCUAUAAGAUAAUUGACUUUAACAGUCUCCACACACCGAGCGCGAGUAAAAUCAUUUGAGCGAAUGAAUUACAUGUUGAGUCAAUGCAAAGACGUGAUUUGACGCUCGUACUACUCUGCGGCGCGAAUGACGCGAAUCGGUCAGGAGCUGAAAAUGUCUCAGCUCUCUAAUCAGCACAAAGGUUGCUGGAUGACGUGUGAAAAUGGACGGUUGUUUACUGGUAUCUAGGCCUGUCGCGAUAAUCAAUAAAUCGCCUUAUCGCUCGGUAAAUAAAAACGAGGUCGGUCAUUUUGCCAGCCUCGAUAAUUAACGUGCGUUUGUUUUCCUCCUCUCUCGCUACCAAACACGCUGGAUGAGAGAAGAGGUCUCACUCUGCGCAUUUUUCUCGGCACCUGGGGGCGUUGGCUCUAUAGCGGAAUGAACGGAGUUAGUGAACCCUCCUGUCAGUCAUUCAGUGUCUUUGUUACGAGGGGGCGCGCGCGAAGGUACACGUAGGCGCGCACAGGCACACAGACACAGACUUUUGGAUACAAUGCUGCAAGUGAGCGUCGUGAGUGAAAAGCAAGCUAACAGAAUGAACACGACAGCUUUGGUGUCUACACCGAACGCAACAGCCCAAGUGUGGGAAUAUUUCGGCUUUAAACCAGUUUUGUUUUCGUCAACCACAAAACUCCACGUGUGUGCGCGCGCGUGUGUGUCUGUGUGUUGGAGGAGCACAGCAGGCUGAUGAGAGCUGUCAGAGCGGACUGAAGCUGCUCCUAUAUGUUUAGCGUUUAACUGACUGAGUUUUGCAACUCUGUUCGUCAUUUUCGUCUCGUCCCAUCAACGUAAACGCACUUUCGUCUCGUCACAUUUUAGUCAUCUCCGACUGAUGUUUAGCUCGUCAACGUUACGUCUUCGUCGCGGGAGAAAUUAAAGUUUAUCACUUUUGACACGGUGUACUCGCAUUAUUAUGCCAUUUCAUAUCAUUAUCUAUAAUUUAAAAAACUGUGUCAAUAAUAUCGUUUAUCGGCGAUAAUUUGUAGCACAAUUAUCGUCCAGCAAAAUUUGUUAUCGAGACAGGCCUACUGGUAUCUAAAAUGGAGGACAAACUGAUGGUGUCGGUGUGUGGAAGCUCCGAAUUAUACGAGACCUUUCUUUCAAUUACCGAAACCAGAAUAAGAAGAAGCUCGCCUUGGAUGCCUCAGCAGAGAUUAGCAUUGAAAUUCCUGUUGUCGCGCGAAUGAAGCGAGUAGAUGAUUUUACUCCCACUUGGUGUGAACGCCCAAUUUUUACUGACAACUAAUACUGAUAUGGUGGGGAUAUUCUCGUCUUCUCUGGAGUAUCCAGCAAGGAUGCAACAUCACAGUCCACCCCUGGUCUUGGUUUUGGUUUUGGUUUCAGUUUUGACGGCUCUGGAGUCGGUGAACUAGAACACCAUCUUUGCGACUCACAGCCUCCAGAGUUUCAUGUUAUAUUCUGUUUCUUUUGUGGAUUCGAUCGGAUAUUUACUCAUGGUUUAGAGAGAAAUAUGAUACAUUAAAGUUACGGCACGACUGAAAACACCACGAUUCACAAGCUUGUACUGAAUGAAGGACGCUAAACCAAAAGACAAAUGUAACGCUAAGUUUUUAUGAAAGUGAAGUUUUUACUGAAUUAAAAAUCGAAUUUUCAGAGAAAAAAAUCAGGAAACUAUUUUUGUCCAAAAUUGUGCAGCCCUCUAAUUCACCUUUAAAACCAACUAAACCGACGCCACAUAAUAGCAAACAGUUUAAAAGUUUGAUUUAAAGACUUUAAACUCCAACCUUCAAACCUUAUGAUGUUGAAAAAUGGUUGAAAGUUUACUAAAAAAGACUUAACAGUCAGCAAGGAUUGAAAUAAAAAGGGCUAAAACCUCUCUCCAAAUGAGAAGUCUUCCCUCUCUGACAUCCUGGAGUUUCACAUUUGAAUGUCUGAAGAGUUAAAACACUCUCACCUGUGUCUUUAUUAGACACAUAAGGAUGGAUUAGGAGAGAGGCCCCGGAGGACGUUAUCUUAUAAACAAACCUCCAGAUGAUGUCCUCAUUUAAAGGAUGGAGGUGAGGUCAUGUGUUGGUGCUCUGCCACCUCCGUCUCUCUCCACACUCGAUGUUUCCAGAGGAGUCUGAGCGGGAGGAGGAGCUGCCGCCGCCGCUGCUGCAGAAAAAUGUGGUUCUGCUGGUUCAGAGUCUGCAGCCUGUUCAGCCGCUCACUUUCACCAUCAGACCGGUUCAUUUUCUGCCCCUGAUUACAGCCUCCUCAUACCUGACCAUGACUCAUGGUUCACAGCUACAAGACGCACAGCCUGCUGGACUAAAAAUAGACGGAAAACAUCCAGAGCUGAAGUCUGUCAAACACCGACUGUGUUUACUACGUGAAAAGAGAAAAUCCGACACUCGAUCAUCUCUGCUGCAGAGGAGAGUUUAUGCAAAGAUUAGAUAGUGCAGAGUUGUUGGCGAACGCUCAAAUAUCAGAACUUAAUCAGACCGGGAAUGCAAGAAGGACUCGCAGAGCUACAAAUGAUUGAAUACGCAGAGAAUCAACAUCCAGAGCAGGUUCAUGUGGGCAAAGAUAAGGCGGCAAGACGAGAAUCAAACAGAGUCAGAUUCAGCCUCACAGUGUUCAGUUUUCUGCGUGCCUGUUCUUUUUGAUGAAACAAGAACGUUCAAGCCGGGUUACAGCCAGUAAAUAAAUGGCUCUGAUGUUGCUGGUAUGCAGAUCCAGGUCUGUUCCAGCUUUGCCAAUCACCAGUCUGUCAGCUUAGUAUCCAGAGUUCGAGUCGUUUGCUCUACAGAAUUUAUGGUCUUUCUGUCUGUAGUGGUGCCCAAGAAUGCUCUUAACAGUCUGUUACUCAGUUUAUCGUUGACAUCCCUCAUACUCUCCGAACAGCAGCCUCUGAUGUUCAACAAUGUUGAGGUACAAAAAAACCUGCAGUACCUCAAAAGUCCACUUGGGGCCUGUUCCAAAGCCAAGAAAUCCUCAUUAACACCCAUAUUGACAUGUCCAACUUGACCGCAGAAUAAAACAUGUUUACAGACUGGUUCAGACUUUGGUUUUUGGUCUGAGUGGCUCUUUUGUUUUUCACACACAGGAGUGUACAGGAGGUGGUUUCUAAUUACUCAUCUGUUUUGAUUAUAUUUGGCACAGAGUUUAUAAUAGAUUUACAUAAUUGAGGGUGGGGCGGCGUCGACUGGAUGUUUGGCGCCGUAGAGCCUCAGCUCCACCUCUUUGAGUCACACCUUUCCAAAAUGUUGUUGGCUCUGGUUUGGAUCUGCUGAGAACCAAAUACUGUUCGGAUUAUAAAUACCCGACAGAAAGCACACUGAAGGUUUAACUCGUGUUUUGUCCUUGGUCUUCUUUAUUUUUUGACCACACAGGCGACAAAAGUCAUAAACCUGAAAUAAUUAACCAAACAUAACAGGUUACAAAUGAUAAUAUUUAUGAAAUUAUAACCUUUAAAUAGCUACUUUUACUUUUUAUCAUACCUUUUACUUCAAACAAAACGUAGACUUUUUUAUACUUUUAUCAACCAAUUCUCUUAUCAUGAUUAAAGUAGCAGACCCAACUGAUUAAACACAGUUUCACAAUACUGGCUAAUUACAAGCUAAAUGCUAACAACAGCCAGCUAAACACUAGUUUAGAAUGCUAAUCCGGAGCUAGCGAACAUGCUAACGCAAGCUAGCUGUGCUAAUUAAACGCUAACCACAAGCGCUGAAUAACACUCUCAUUCUCAAUAUUCUGAUACUACUCUUCCAGGACUACUUAAUAAUGAAAUAAGCACCAACACCAACAUUUACAAGCUACACAUUGUUAGCAUUAGCAGGCUAAUUUUUAGCUCUAGCUAACCGAUGGGCCGUGUGCUUCUGCUGAAUCCGGACACAACUCUGAAAUAAAUUACUCAGAGCUACAAAUAAUGAUUAAAUAAUGAAAGUCUUGACAAACACGUACUCUGAAGACACAGUCCGGUGUUCAGGACUGCAGUGGACUCUGGUCAGUGAUGGUUGCAGACUGUAGCCUCGUGUGAACUGCUGCUGUUUUGGUUUCCAAAGAUCCAGAGGUGCUGUUGUCAUCAAGACUCAAGUCCCAGACCUUCUGAGACAAAGUUCAGUGCUGAAAAUAAAUAUGUAAAUCGUACGUAAACCUAGAUGAGCACUUAGAGUCUCUGGGAAGUAGGGAAUUAAGUUGAGUCAAGUACGGUUAAGUUGCUGGUCUACCUGCCAGUUUCUCUGUAAAAGGGUCGAGCUGACUGGCAUCCGUGUGGCUAAAACACUUACUAUUAACACAUAACUCGUACAGCCUCACUUCAAAAACACUGAAAUGUCCCUUUAAAGCUUCAUUAAGGAACAGGUGAAACCCACAUGCACAAUAAAUGAAAAAUUCUUAUUGUGGGUUUAUUACAGAUACUCACGUUUCAAAGUGAAAAACGUGUUUUAUCGUGCAGCUCUCAAACACAGGUAUGUCUGUCUUUAUCUCAGGUUUGUGAAUGACAAUAGGACCUGAAUCGCAGGUGUGUAGAUGUUUUUAAAAGUAUGAAUGGAUGAGAAACACAAUCAUAGGGUGGGUGUGUCUGACUGACGAAAAGGAGAGUCUAAUUAGCAUGAGACAAAACGAACCCGCCCAAAACUGGAUUAUAAUUGUCUCUUCGCUCUCCUUUAUGAAACCUGUUGAGUCUUAUUUUCUUAUUUGAAGCUCAGUGCGUUCGGAUGAUUUCUUCUCUGGGAGAUAAACAGACGAGCCGUCUUCUAAUAUAGGGCCUCAGCUGAUAAAGUGUUGAUGGAUAAAUGUGAGGAGCUGACCUCAUCAGACGAACAGGUUUUGUGGGUUUUGUUUGUGUAAUCGUGUCACAGCAGCAGCAGCUGCUCAGGAUCUGUUUAUACUGGGAUCUCUGUCUCUGUCCGUCACUCAAAGAUGAAUGAAGCCCGGUGUAAGACGUCAAAUAUUAACCCCUGUUGUUCUGUCUGUCUCAGCUGGAGGAGUGCGCCCUUCAACUGGCUCCUAAUGGAAACUACCUGGACCUGGACUCAUCGAUGGCCGAGCAGAGAGACGAGCUGGAGAACUUCUAUGAAGACUUAGCGUAAGAACACCUUCACCUUCACUUUACCUGUCUGUGUUCACGCGCUGUCUCACCUGUCAUGGUCGCUCCGUGUGACCUGUUCACCUGUGUGUGUGUGUUUAAAGUCAAACUCCACCCAGCGUUCAUGAUUGAAUUGUCAAACACUCAGCAGGAAGAAGACCGGCUUAGUCUGAGGGAGGUGACAGUGAGGGAUUAUCGACAAAAAAAAAAGAAAUUAAAAAAAAUAUAUAUAUUUGAUUAGGAAAAUUUGAUCGUGACUUUAAUUGAUAAAAAAAGAAAAAACAAUAAAACAAUAGUGUUUAUUAUUUUUUAGAAUAAUGAAAAAAUAAACAGUUGAUUUAUUUUUAUUUUGUAUUUUUUAUUUAUAUUAUUCUCAUUUUUUUAUUUAUUUCAUUUCAAUUUUGUUAUGUUUUGUUAAUUACUUCAUUCAUUUAAAUUGUUUGAAAUCAAGUAUUUUUCCAAUUGUUUGUAAUUAAAUUGUUUUUGUUUAUUAUUUUAUUUUAUGAACUUAUUUAUUAUUUUAUUAACUUUUAUUAUUGAAUCAGUUUAUUUGUUUUUUAUUUUGAUUGAAUUAGCAUUAUUUUUUCAUUUAUUAUUUAUUUGAUUUAUUUUAUUUAUUUUUAAUUAUUACUUAUUUAUUUUGUUUUAGAUUAUCAUUUUUUGUUCAUUUUUUCAACAUUUUUUGUUUACUGAUUGAUUUUUCAUAUUAUUCAAUUUUUUUUUUAUUUCAUACAUUUUUCAUACAUUUUUUAUUUAUUGGUUUUUUUUUAUCUUACAUAUUUAUCAUUGUUAUUUUUUAUAUUCUAUUUAAGUAUCAUUUUUUAAUCUAAUCCCUAUUUUGUCAUUGUUACAUUUGUUUUAAUUUUAUCUAUCGUUUAUUUGUUUUAAUCUUUUUAAUUCCCGUCUAAAACUUACAUAUAUUUAAUUUUAUGUUGUUUUUUUUGUUGUUGUUUUUUUUGUGAGCAGUGGAGUCGCCUCCUGCUGUUCAUCAGAAAAACUGAAAAUUGAGUUGCUUUGUAGGUGGAGGCUACAUGUCUCAGAUUUAACCUUAAAGAUAAGGCUCUGAUUGAAACUUCAUUUUUCAGUCCAUCAUAAUCAGAUAAAAAUGAAGACAUUGAUGUUUCCUCAGGAUUAUUUCCUUUUAGGGAGACAAACAUCAAAAACUCUCAUACAGCUCGGUCGGUCCUGUCCGCUCAGAAACAGAAGCAGAAAUAUGUCUCAGUCGGUCUUUGCUGCUAUAUCUGCAUCAUUCAGACACGACUCCUCUGGGAACAGAAAUAUUAGCGUCAGUCUGAGAUCCUUUCACUCACGACCGGCUGACGGCAAACGAGAGAAACUUCAAGAAGAGAGCUUUUUGCACCAUUGAUCCAUAAACCGAUAUUUAGGAGUCAGGGUGAGUCACACCAGACAGUAAAUGAGACUGACACCACUUAUCUCUUAAAAAUAUCUUACCUUGUGUUUGGGAGAAAUCAAUCAACGCUGUAGCUGUGUAAGUGAUUUACAGAAAGACACCACUGAGCGUGCACGACUUCUGCAGAAGAGCUGCAUCUUUACCACAGUGAGUGAUGGUGCUCAUGGGAAAUGCAGUCUUUAUCCCAUGAAGCAGUUUUGCUCUUCAAACAUCGUCUAAUCUUCUUCCAUCCUUUGGAAACCUCGUUUAUUUUUGGACUUUAAUCUUUUUUUUCUUCUCAUGGACUGAAUCUCUCUGAUCAGAACAACCAUCAGAGAGAUUUUUGGAGUGUAUUUCGUUCUUUCGUAGUGACAGGGACAUAAAUCUGAAGAGUCUCGCAGUAAAAACUCUCAUUCCUGUCUUUUUUUGUUCCCUGACUCUGAGGCUGAUGACUCGGUUUAAGGUCGGGGUUAGAGCUGGUCUCCAGGAAAUGAAUAUGAGUCAAUAUAAUAUGACCUCUGCUUUAGUUAUAGCAACACCACUGUGUUGGUGUGUGUUGGUGUGUGUGUGUGUGUUGGUGUGUGUGUGUGUUUGUGUGGAGGUCAGUUUCAAGUGGAAACUGUGUGUUUGUCCGAUUCCUACAAUGACACAAAAAGACUCUCUUUUUAGAUUUUAGUGAAACUCAAACUCUCCUCUUUUCUCUCUUUCCUCAUUAUUUCCGCACCUCCAUGCUGUCGUUCUUUCCGUCCUCUGAUCCCGGCAGGCCUCAGUCACUCAGUCAGUCAGUCAGUCAGUUUGUGUCAGUUGUGUCAGAUAAAAAUGACCUGUUCAACUAAAACUCUGCUGUCUCAGCGUCUGUAUGUUAGAUUCCUCGCUUGGUCACAUGUCCUCUUUGACUCCGCCCUUUCUUCUGUCUGCGUUUUCUUCCCACUUUUAGUGUUUAGGCGAGCAGAAGUGAUUUUUUUCCCGUCCUGCUACGCUACUUUUAGCCGCUCAGAGCUCCGAGGAGUCGGAACUACAGGAGAGGGGUGUGUCGAAUACAGUGAGUUGAUUGGAUGGAGAGGAGGAGCAGGAGAUUGACCAAUAGGAGCUGUCGGGGACGAAUGGCUCCUGUUGGUCAGUGUUUUUGCAGCCCUGCACCUGAUAGGAUGAACGGAUUUUUUUCCGAUCUUUUUUCUCUUCACUUUGUGGAGAUCGCACUAUAGGACCAUGAUCGCCAUAGAAACGAGGUUCAUAAUAAUUACCGAUCUCUCCAACUGUCAACCAUGACUUUAAUGCUGAACAACAUCUGCAGGUUUAGGAGCAACAGGACUCUGUAGUCGGAGUUAAAGUCACAGUAUGGACUCAAUAUCACUUUUCUGUUAAGGUCUGAUGAUCAAAUUCUAACGCUCUUUUGUUGAAAGGACAACUAGACUUAAUUGAGACGUUUCGCCGUAGAGCUGGAAAUCAUAGAUGCUGCAUCCUCAGUUUGAAACAAUAUCUCCAAGUUUAGGAGCAACAUCUGCAGACUGUGAAGCUUCAUGAAAACGUCCUCAGAUCAUCCUGGUCUUUAAAACUCAGAUCUUCUCUGUGUGUUUCUGCGGUUUUCUUCUCUGACUGUCUCUUAUUUUUCCACAGAAAGGGGAAGAAGCCCAUCCUGAUCCUGAGGACUCAGCUCUCUGUGCGCGUUCACUCCAUUCUGGGUAAUUAUCUCCUCCUUGUCCCUCUUUUCUUUCUCUCUUUUUUUUCCAUCCCUCUCACCACAGUGACGCGGAGCUGCGAGGCGGCUAAGAGGAUUUCCUCCAUGAGUCUGAAGGAGAAAUGAGAAAAUUCUCACUUCUCUCUUUGAAAUGAAGCUGCUGGUUUGAAGUGUGUUUCUGUGUUUGAAGAUGAGAUUAAUUCAUGUUUUAUUGCCUCUUCGGUUCUUUGUUUCCUGAUUUUUGAAGAGUCCUCUGCCUCCAUAUUUCUUUAGACUUGAAAAUCAGCCUCUGUUGUCGACAUGUGACCUUCCUGCUGAAGUUUGUUGUUUAUUUUUGGGGGUUGAAACUCACUUGAAGUUGCAAAACCUCUCUCUCCUGUUAAGAACUUUGGGUUUCUGCCAAAAAAACACGUCAUUUCCUGAAGUGACUCUUUCAGAAUAAGAGUAUUUCAACAACAAAGCUACGAGGGAGUCAUCUUUGAAUUUCCUAAACUUAAAGGUGUUGUAGUCAGGAUCUGAGUUAGUUCCAGUUUUUAGGAGAAAUCUUGACUGUAAACUCUACCCCUCCAACCAGUUUUCCCCUCAGCUCCUCCUCUCUUAAGCCCCGCCCACAAACAGACGCUCCUGCUCGCUCGUAUCGUUCCGAUUAAAUUCAGAUAUAAUGCAGAUAAAUACUUCAGAUCAUUACAAAUGGGGCCCAGUCAAGGUGAAAGUCAAAAGCAUUGGUGCUACUGUAGAUGCCAACAGACUACCAGCAAACACAAUGUUUGCAGGACUUCUGCAACGAGGAUAAAGUGACAUAGUCCAGGACCCGAGGGAGGACAGUUUAGCGAUGGCGCUACAACACGCUACAGCAGGUCCGUUUGACAAGAAACACUUCUGUUACAGACACUUGUCUUACUUUGUUAAAGCGGUUUACCUGUCCAGCAGAAAGGUUACAGGGUCACCAAGAUCCCCAAGCGUCCCCCAUCGUUUAUGUUGACCCGGCUUUUUAGCUCUUGUCCGGUCUACCUCCGUUUUAAGCGCCCGUUAUUCCUCCAGAGUCUCCGGUAUUUACUUUGUUUUCUUGCUUGUGUCGGCAGUCGUGGCCAAAGGAGGAUUCAGACAAUUUUCCGAACUUUCUGGUUGGUUUCUACUGUCCGAUAUUGUAGCACGCUAACUUUGUUUGGGCUCCUGAACGACACGGGGGAGCAGCGUCUGCCUCACAACCAAUCAGGUUAGAGGAGGUGGAGAACGGCUUUGUAAAUACACCACAAAAAAGAUGCUUCUUUAACAGUUUCCUGCCGACCCCACCUUUAAACGUGUGGAGCAGAGUUUUGUCGUUUAGUUGGUGUUUUAAGGGAAGCCUGGAGAAAAGGAAAACUCUCAACAAAGACAGAGAAAAUAAACUUACACAGUGACGUAUUUUCAGUGACUUCUCUUUAGUCAUGGGAAAUUUUGAUUGCUUAAUUCAAGUUCACUCAUCACUGCGUGUCUCUGCGUUUAUCUGAGCUCCUGUAAUGUUGACUGAAUGACUCGGGGUCUUAAUAAAUCAAAGUUCAGAGUUCAGAGUGAAGCAGCUGGACUCUCAGUCAUCAUCGGUUAAAGUCGUCUGGUUUACUCAUCGCUCACAGGUGUUAUGUGUAGUUGUGCUACCUUGUCAAAGUCAGUAGAAACCCCUCUGAUAUAUGAAUAUUAAAUUUACGGUAUAUUCAUGUCAUCUUGUUUGAUCAGACAGACGCUGCAGGGCGUUUCAUUUUCAGUUUCUGUAACGUGUCGAAGGCUGAUGUUCAGAUAAGAGCGUUUCCUCUGAAGAGGAUCAGUGACGUCUUUGCUGUCUCUCCUGUUCAGACUCGUCUUUCUUGAUGAUAAAUGAUGCUGACUGUUCCUUUAUUAGGAAACAGAUCUCUGGAUGAUUUGGGUCAUGGGACGGUGUUUGUUGCAGCUCCACACAGCAGCUCUAUUCAUGAGUUAUCUGACAUCUAUAAAAGAGAGACGGUGACUUACUGUCAGCUGUUCUGUGGUUUCAUAGUCGCUCUUCACUGAAACAUGGAGGUCGUUACUUUAAAACUGUGAACAAACAAUCAUUUCUCUCUGAUGUGGUGAUGAAGUCAUGGUGUUGAUGGUGAAGUAUUUUUACACCCUCAUAAAAACCGUGUUAAAGUUUUUACAGCUCACGUUUGAUCACAGGCGGCUGAUCGAACAGAUCCGUCUUUUCAAGCUUUUAUGUAACGUCCGUUUUAACGUCAUCAAGACUGUUUUUUAAUGGUGGCUCAGAGCGAGGUCUCUCACUGUCGUUGGCUCAGGAGCACUGAAGCUGCUCCUUCUGUCCCUUGGCUUUUCAGACGCACACACCUUCCUCCUCCUCCUCCUCCUCAGGGACCUUUUUGGUGUCGAUUUUACAGAUACAGUAUUUCCUCAUCUACAUUAACUGGUUUCCCCUUUGAUUUUGCCUGCAUACUCGGAAUGGGAAUGGUUUCGAUUGAUCAUUGAUCAUUAAGAAUUACAUCGAUCACGCAAAUUUCAAUCAAUUGAACCUUAUUAAAGAAGAGCUGACAGUGGCGUCUAUCCUCCAGCUGCUUUCCGGCAAAGAUCAACCUCUGCUGAUCGGGAGUGAUACCCUAUCAGUCCAGUCAGAAUUUUGACAUUUUAUAAGAGGAGUGAUGUGGCGUCAGUGGGCUUCCAUAGAAAUGAAGAAAGUAGACAAAGUGUGGUGUGUGACCAUUUUGAGCGGAAAAAUGAUGAGGUCUGCGAUGCCGUGUGCAAGUAAAACAUGACGACAAUCCCAAUGAUGGACCACUUGAACCAAAAACAUGAGACUGAGUUUAUUGAAUCCCCCAAGUGUUCUUAGUCUGAACCAACCGUCAGCUUCUUGGUAAGAAGGAGGAUCUGUAGGGUGACCAGAUGUCCCCGAUGUCGGGGGGACAGUCCCUGAUUUGGACGACCCGUCUCCGGCCAAAGUUGUCUCCGGAAAUGUCCCCGAUUUUAGCGUUUUAUGAAUGAGAAAAAAAACCCAACGGUUAUUCCGGUAGCCGGGCAGGUAGGAAGUGCGAGUGAGCAUGUAGGGCACGCUGUCCUGAACAACAGUUUGGGGGAAGGGGGGGUUCAGUGAGGAAAAACAUGUUGCUUUUUUGCGUAUUUUCAAUUAAUUCAUUGAUUGAUUGAUAAUUUAUAUGAUUAAUCAAUCAAGGGACUUUCUUGAAAUGCUCAUUCCUACUACCUACAGAUUAAUGGCUGUUUAACUUGGGAACAUUUGCAUAUGCAUGACUUAAACUGUGCCGUACCAACAUAUGCAAUAAUUUCUUUCCUUAUUACUAAUAAAUCAAGUCUUAUCAUAAAGAAGUGAAAAGAUUUGGGAAAGACUGAGGAGUGUCAGUCAUGAUAUCAGUGUCUGUUUGUACCUCACAUUUACCUAAUUUACUGCAGGCUGAGUUCAGGUUCUAUAGGGAAACCAGAGGGACUAGAAAGAGCUACACGGCUGCACAGAAACUACACAUUGUGGACUUGGCUGAACGUCAUAGAUCACAGAGGAGGAGAGUUUUUAUCAAACAGACUGUUUUUUAUCGGGACAACCUUUAUUCGAUAUUUCACUGAACCUUGCAGCCAUCAGAUCCAGUUUCAUGAUUCAAUCCACUGAAGCAAUCAUAAACUUUUGUCUCCUAAAUGUGUAAAAGUGUUACUCCUGCACAGCUGUAACCACGCACAGUAAAUGAAGUCCUGAAUUCUUGUAUUUGUAUUUGACAUUUGUGCAGCUUCAUGUAUAUUUCUCCUGUCUUCAACACGUUUCUGUUUAGUGCAGCUUUUGUUUUGUAGAGUCUUGUCUGCUCCCUCUGAUACACACUGAUCGGUGAAAUGGGAUUGAGUUUUGCAUGCAGCUUUGAAUCCCCACCGUCGUGUUAUUGUGAAAUCUGAAACGCUGCAGCUGUCUCUGCGGCUCCGUCUUCAUUACUGACAGGCGGCCACGUUCGUUCAUUCAGGUGUUAUUGUUCCUCCAUGCUGUCAGGGUAAUUUUAGCUCAUGAUGGCAGAAAGAGAAACAACACGUUGCUGCUGCUGCUGCAGAGACGAGGAUGCACACUGAGGAGAUGUGACGCUCUUAUUGUGAAGGAGCGUUCUUGAUAUCGGCUCAGUUUCAGCCCUGUGUGGUCAGGAUAAGCAGACCUCAGAUCAGCUCUUAUCUGCGCCUGUCAUUGUGUUGUUUUGUUCUCAGCUGGUCCGUUUCCAGGGUUUCUCUUCUGUUUCCUUGUUGCUGUUUUUGCUCCCAGCAGACCAAACCUCCAGCCUGUAGUUUCAGGGGUUUUAUUUUCAGCCCUGCUCUUUUUUAAAACCUCCUCUGAGCCUGUUGUGUUCCUGCUCACUGCAGCUUGACUCGCUCCGGGGUUCGCAGUGCUCAUGAGAUUUCUUUCUGCAACAUUAAAGGCAGAUUUUUGGCUGGUUUGGGUUUUUUUUUUUUUUAGGUUUGCUUGGUCUGAAUCAUCACAAUAAUAAGAGGAGUUAUUUUAGAUGAACAAUCAAACCUUUAUCUUUCUGCAUGUGCACAUUUUCUCUGUUAGACACAGACAUGAGCAGGACUGCAAACUCCAAAAAAACAAACGAGACUAAAAAGAGCUGCACAGAAACUGUAUAUUAUGGACUUGGCGCAGGGGGCAACCUAUAUUCCACUAUUUACGGUACCUCUCUGCCAUCAGAGCCGUUUAAUGACUUGAAUGUAAUCGUCAUUUGAACCCUAAAAUACGUCAAAAUGUGACGCUGGUUCAGCUGAAACUCUUCCUUCUUGUUAUUGUUGUUUAUAUGCCGAUGUUUGCUCUGUAAAGAGGAACUGACCGUUUCUGAUGUUACUUUUUGACCCGUCUGUGUGUUGGCAGCGAUGAACUCAGUAAAAGUGACUGCCCGUCUUUCAGCGCCCGUCUGUGAACUAGCAUAACUAGCAGAAAUGCCGUCUCAGAUGCUCCUGUGAGUCAAACAGUAUAAAAUGACCUUUUUUGUGCCUUUCAAGUAGGAUGUGGUACCGAAGACCGGUUCCUAACAUCUGGUUCCAGGAUCAUUAAGCAGAUUUUUGAGUUUCGAUUCUUUUUUUUCGGUUCUGAGUGCCCGCACUAGAUUGUUUUCGGGGCGUGUAUUACUCCACUCUGUGCGUCCGCUAUCAAGAACAUCACUCGUCUGAACAUGGACCGCUAAAAACGCUCAGAAGUCUGGCUUCAUUUUAGUUUGAAAGAGGAGGACGGAGCAGCACAGUGCAACAUCUGCGAAAACCAGUUUCUGCCAAAGGAGGAUGUACGACCAACAUGAUUUAACACCUCCGAGUUCAUGGAGUAGAAAUAACUGAGUGUCCCGUCUUUGACAGGCUGCGCCGGUCUUCCUCUAACCAUCAGAACCAGGAAAGUAAAACAAUAAAUGACGUCUGUCUUCUGCUAACAUUGAAGCGGUAAACGAAUUGUACUGAUGGGUCAACUUAAAUAUCCAACUAAAGUUAGCCCGUGUUCUUUUUCAUAGACAAACGACCUGACAACAAAGUUUAUAUAUACUGGUUAAAAAAAAUAACCCUGUGAGAAAUUUUUAAUAAAGUUCAUAACAUUUAAAAGUUCAUGGAGAAGUUCAGACAUUUCAUCCAGAAAGAAGAACUCUGGUUAAUACCAUCAUUGAAACCAUUUUUAUAUAUCCUGCCUUUUAAAAGAAUCGGAAAAAAGAAUCAGAAUAGAGAAUCGUUAGGAACCGGUAUCGAAACAAGGAAUCGGAAUCGUUCGAAUUUAAACGGUGCCAAACAUUACAUUUAAGAUAUUCCUCUAAUGGAUGAAACGUGUCAAAGUGGCCUUCUUGUAAAUAAAGUUAGAAUGCACUUCUAGUGAAAAAAGAGCCUUUUGGAUUCACUGCCAUGAUAUAAAACAUCGGGAUAUUUGCCCUCUAGUGGUCAUCGACAGGCUCGAUCCUGGUCUGUUUGAAGCUUUCUAAUGAUGACGCCAUGGAGACAGAAAACUGACAUUUUCAAAACUCUGUCAGGUGUCAUCAAAUCAAAUCAAACUUUAUUUAUAAAGGGCUUUUCAUACAAAGGGAUGUAACUAGAAGUGCUUUACAGUCCUUUAAAAAAAACAAACAAACUGAAACAGAUCUUAGUCACAGUUUUCUGUCCACUUUUGGUGCCCCAUGACAAACAGAAGGUGCCCCUCUGUCAUUUUUGGCCCCUGGCCCUCAAACAGCUGAAGUUACACCCCUGCUAACGAUGGAGGAACUUUGACUCAGUUAAAAAAAUAUAAAGUAAAUGUUCAGAUAUAAACAGAUAAUUAAAGAUAUCUCUCUGUCUAAAGUCGACUUCAGAUGGUCUCAGCGGGGGGACGGUGCUCUCUGAUUCGUCCCUGUUAUUAUUUCUCCCACAGAUUGUAGAUCUGAACAGAAAGAUCAGAGAGACCUGCAGAUCAGCAGCUUAAUACGGAGCGGGUCCAGACCUGCAGACGGCCUUUGUUCACCCUCUCUGUCUUCACUUUAAACCAGGAGGAGACUCACUUUGGCAGAAACUUCCUGUUUGUUUGGGGUUCAGUCUAAGGAGCUCGUCAUGUGACGUUUGUCCUGAUGUUGGCGCUCUAACAGACAUCACAGAGUCACUAAAACCUGCAGGGUUCAUCCUCAGGAGAGCAGGAACCUUCCAUGGAAAUCCGUCUUUGAAUGUUGAGAAUUCACCUCUGGUUGAUCAGGGUUCACCUUUCCUGGGAAACUCUGAACUUUCCCAGAGUUCCUGCUGUCAGAGCGCUCACCCCUCCCUCCUCCUCCUCCUCCCUCCUCUCUCCUUUCCUUCCCUCCUCCUCUCCUCACUGCCUGGCAUGACCCCGCCCUUCCUCCGCUGAAGGGGAUUUCCCAGCCUGCUUCCUCCUUCGAGCCCCGGCCCUGUCCCUUCAGAGUCGCGCUGCCUUCAGGGUCAAACAGGCGCUACAUUGUGUUGUCUGCAGAGCGAGACCUUCGUCCUUCUCCUGUUUCAGCCCCUCCCCUAAUUCUAUGGAAACGACCACGCGUGUUUUUAACUUGAUUCAUGAGGCGGCUCAGAUCAGAACUCCUGCAGGUCGAUGCUCUAAAAUAUUAAAUAAGGAAGAAAAACUCCAGAUUCUUCUGAAUUAAUAAAUUCUAGUCUUUAAGUUUUACGGACUUUGAUGCACCUGAAUAUUUGACAGUUUUUUAACCUUGAAAUGCUCCUAAAAAAGUGGGAUCAUCUUCUAUUUUCGGCCUUCGAGGGUUGAUACUGUUGUUUGUGACGUAACGUUGUUGUCUUUUUAAUAUUUGCUCUAAAAGUAGAAAGUUGCGCCUCAGGGACUUCACUUUGUGUUUCUGUCAGUCAUGUAAAAAACCACCAACUUUCCACUUUUCAUUAGAUUUGUUUGUUUUAUUCUCAUUAUUUUCAACAUUAUUUUGUAAAAACAGAAAGUCCCUCUGCUGGCAAAGCAAAGUGCAAACAGAUUCUCAGCGGGUUGGAUCUUCAAAUCGAGAUCAGUGGCUCAAACUUUGCUAAACUAUCAUGUUUUCUCUCUUUGCAUAUUUUUUUUUCGUUGUCAUUUUUUUUUUUUCGAACAUGUGCAGCACGAGAAAAUAAACUGAAAACAAACAAAAUCAAUGAGAAUAUUCAAAACAACAAUAACAAGAAUCAAAGCAAAAAAAUAAACAAAUAAAAAUACUAAUAAUAAUAAUAUUAAUGCAAACCCAACAUGACUGAAAAAGGAGUAGGACGAAGCUUUUAUUAAACCUCCUCUUUAUCCUCUACUCAAUAAACGGUCAGUCUCCAACAUAUUUACAUUAUAGAAACCAAAAAAAGAACAUAAUUAGAGUAAAUAAGUCUAUAAAUCAUUUAUGAAAACACCUGAUGGUUAGAGUCCUUCUUCCUCCUGGACCUGCUGAGAAUCAUGUUUUUUUUCCGCUUCUCAAACUGGAACUUUCUCAGCAAAGAGGCUGAACUUUAACUGUGGCUAAUAUUCUCACUAAUAACUCAUACAGUCCAACUUUAAAGAUACUAAUACAACCCUAUAAUAUGUCAUUAAAGUUCUGCACAGCGCCACCCUGAGGUCAGUGAAAUACCUAAUGUAUAAUACUUCAUGAAACCCACCGUGCACGCUUCAUUUUUUACUCCACAGAGUCAUUCUGGUGAAUCAGGUGACGAGCUCUCAGCUCUUUAUUCGAGGACUACAGGAAGUUUUUUGUUUCUUCCUCAGAAUUCACAGAAAAACGUGAAAAUCCCUCCAGGAGGUGAGAUGAUGAGUCAGCCGUGAGAAGUCAGAUCAGGUCGUUUCAGUAACGAGAAAGAGGUAAAAGUGUGUCAGGAGGAGGUCGGGUUACCUGAUGAUUCAUGUUCGCUCAUGUCCCGAUCUCACCUCGCCAACAAUGCUGGCUGUCGUGGUGCAUUCAGGGAUCCUCCUCAAACUGGUGAAAUCAAAAACAGAUGAUUAAGUUCAGUUACAAGGAAGGAAAUCUUCCUCUUCAAACCUUUGAGUAAAUGAUCUGUCUGUUUAUGGAGUAAAGAGCAGCUGUGUGACAAAUACCCUUUAUUAUUACCAGAUCACAACAUCGUGCACAUUUACCCUCAGAGAGGCGUCUGUGACGAGGUCUCAGUAAACAUCUAAAGUCUUUAGUUUUUUUAAUUAUGCAGAUUUUAAAAACUAAACUGAACAUGUCAAAGAUAAAGAAAAGGAUGAACAUCCAUGUCAGCGCCAACAUCAGGACAAAAGGAUUAAAACACGUUUAUCUACAUACAGUUCAUACUCCGAACUUCUGUUUCCACUCUUUUCUUUCUCUGAGUGAGUCAAAGUGGAUUUGAUAAUCUUUCCAAACAUGCAUGUUUACUCAUUAUCUAAAUAUUUCUUCAUUGUUUAGAAACUGAAUAGUUUUUUUUUAAUGGGAAGAAGGAGGAGAGUCUGAGUCCGAGACAUUUAGUGACUGAAGUUUGGUUGUCAUGACACCAAAUUAUGACCCUGAUAAGAAACCUGCAGAAAGAAUCUACUGAUAUAGAAAUGAAACCAAAAAUAACAUCCAGAUUUUUCUCUCUGAAAACUCGAUUUUUUAUUCAACUUCACCAAACUCCAUCUCAAUAAAAAGUUUAUCGAUCAUCUCUCAAAAUGAAACCACUAAAAACGAUGUCGUGUAAAGGUCGAUUCGUCUAGAUUCAUAGAUUCCUCUCAGUUAGAGCUAAAUGGAAGAUUUUAAAACUCAGCAGAUCUAGUUUUUCGUUUAGAUGUAAAAAUCGUUAAAUUUUAGAAGCAAAAAUAAAGAAAAGGAAGAAUAAGGAUCAGUCCGUUUAUGUUUAUCUGAAGUCUGAGCUGACUCAGGAUCAGCCGACUGACUCAGAGCUGAAACAUACUGAUGCUGCAUCCUCUGUGUGUGCGUGUGUGCGUGCGUGCGUGCGAGCGUGUGUGUGUGUGUGAUGACAUCAGCUAUCAGUCGGCGUUUCCUUCCAUGUUUUGUUGCCGCUGACAGUCUCGUGUUGUUGUAUUUGGACCUCACAGCAGGAAGUGAGGGAUCCGUCUCCUGUCGGCUGCAGGUUUGAUUCCCAGUUUCUGUUUUAAGUCUCAUCCUGGUGCCGCUGACUGAAGUCCUAUUACUUAUUUUUUUACCCCCACAGUUAAACCCAAACCAAGUAAAGUCCUGAAUUCAUUGUUUUUAGACUCAAGUAAGCUUUAUUUUGAAAGUCUUAGUAGUGGUCAGCUGCUUAUUAUCUCAUACCUGACUGAUUUAUUUUGACUUAAAACCAUAAACGUCUUAUUUGUUAUUGCUAACUUGGCCUUAAAACCUUCAUAAGAGGAAAAUCCACUCGAGCAGUCGAGGUUUGAAACACAGGAGGAGUCCUGGUGGAGCUGCAGAGUCUGAGGAGUUCAGACUGAGUGUGUGUGUUAAAGGUGGUGUAGUCAGGAUCUGAGUUAGUUCCAGUUUUUAGGAGAAAUCUUGAAUGUAAACUCUACCCCUCCAACCAGUUUUCCCCUCAGCUCCUCCUCUCCCCUCAAGCCCCGCCCACAAACAGACGCUCCUGCUCGCUCGUAUCGUUCCAAUUAAAUUCCGAUAUAAUGCAGAUAAAUACUUCAGAUCAUUACAAAUGGGGCCCAGUCAAGGUGAAAGUCAAAAGCAUUGGUGCUACUGUAGAUGCCAACAGACUACCAGCAAACACAAUGUUUGCAGGACUUCUACAACGAGGAUAAAGUGACAUAGUCCAGGACCCGAGGGAGGACAGUUUAGCGAUGGCGCUACAACACGCUACAGCAGGUCCGUUUGACAAGAAACACUUCUGUUACAGACACUUGUCUUACUUUGUUAAAGCGGUUUACCUGUCCAGCAGAAAGGUUACAGGGUCACCAAGAUCCCCAAGCGUCCCCCAUGGUUUAUGUUGACCCGGCUUUUUAGCUCUUGUCCGGUCUACCUCCGUUUUAAGCGCCCGUUAUUCCUCCAGAGUCUCCGGUAUUUACUUUGUUUUCUUGCUUGUGUCGGCAGUCGUGGCCAAAGGAGGAUUCAGACAAUUUUCCGAACUUUCUGGUUGGUUUCUACUGUCCGAUAUUGUAGCACGCUAACUUUGUUUGGGCUCCUGAACGACACGGGGAGCAGCAUUUUCUUGUUGACUGUUUUCUUGUUGACUGUUUUCUUGUUGACUGUUUUCUUGCUGACUGUUUUCUUGUUGACUGUUUUCUUGCUGACUGUUUUCUUGUUGACUGUUUUCUUGUUGACUGUUUUUGCUGACUGUUUUCUUGUUGACUGAUUAUAGUUGACUGUUUUCUUGUUGACUGUUUUCUUGUUGACUGUUUUCUUGUUGACUGUUUACUUGCUGACUGUUUUCUUGUUGACUGUUUUGGUUUUGACUGUUUUCUUGUUGACUGUUUUGGUGUUGACCAUUUUCCUGUUGACUGGUUUGGUGUUGACUGUUUUCUUGCUGACUGUUUAUGUUUGACUGUUUUCUUGCUUGUGUCGGCAGUCGUGGCCAAAGGAGGAUUCGAACAAUUUUCCGAACUUUCUGGUUGGUUUCUACUGUCCGAUAUUGUAGCACGCUAACUUUGUUUGGGCUCCUGAACGACACGGGGGAGCAGCGUCUGCCUCACAACCAAUCAGGUUAGAGGAGGUGGAGAACGGCUUUGUUUACAGUCAGAAAGAGCGGACCGCUCAAAAAUGUUCAAAUGUUGACGACACAGACAGAAGAGAACACAGAGAUAUCGUUAUAUUAUCAAAUGUCAUCAAUAACUAAUAACUAUUGACUGAUAUUAGAAGAUUUUUUUGUUUAUUCACCACAACAACAAAAAAAAGUAGUAAGUAAGAGAUUUGGCUAAUUUAACUAUCAGGUUGGAGCGUUUUAGUUUUCUCCCAGCAUGCAUCAUUCCCCUUUUAAAAUAAGUCAUUCCCAGUGAAAUGGUUGAACCUCCAGAUUUGAGCUCAAUUAGCAGCACUAACAGGAAAUACCACAGUAAGUUUAUCUGGGUCACUUCCUGGUUCUGCAGGAUAAACACAUGAAUCCUCCCCUCCUUCGGUCCCUCAGAGCGACCCUCCUCGGAUCAUCGCCGACUUCCUCCCUCACAGUUAGUCGUUUUAAUUGUCUGUCUCUAAGUGGACCUCCUGGACUUAGUUGAACUCCACAGAUUGAUCAGACAUGAGACUCUACGUUGAUCCAAAGAUGAGGCGUUUGUGUUCCUGCACUUUCUUCUUCUGCCGCAGAUUAAAUGUCUGUCCGGCUCACUGCUGCUGCCGCUGGCUGAGAGUUUUAUUGCAAAAAUACCAGAGAAUUCACUUUCAGUUUCAUGAAUAUUUGGGAUGCAGUGAAUCGUAUUUCAUAAUUUAUUAUAAUUUAUAAAGGGUCUUACAAUUUUCCACAUUUACAACAAAAAAUAUAAAAUUAAAAAACACCAGAGUGAGAAACAGGAGGCUUUUUUUUAAUCUGUGAAUCAUGUUAAAGAGUUAUCAGAGAGGAAGUACAGAGUCUGAAAAAUACCUCCUCUUUAAAUAAUGCAGAAGUGCUGAAAACCACAUUUAUACUAAUCCAGUUUUAGAGCAAAAAUAAACACGUUUACAGACUGAUAACAUUUUUAUUUUAUAAACAGCGAUGAGGAAUGUUCCUGAAGUAAUUCUCGGCAGGUUUGAGUUUCUCGGCUCAACAACGGCAGCGCCAGCGACUCACUCCAUGUCCAGGGGCGUGGUUUCCUCCUCCUCUGAUUUUGAUUGACGGCUGGCUGGGUAGUCUGAUUGGCAACUGAGUAAAGAACGAAUGUGAUUGGUGGAUCGCUGCAAAGCACAUGCAGAGCCACAUGCAGUGUAUCUCAGUCAGUUACCCUUGAAAUUAGACGAGUUCAUUCACCGCCGACAUCGCAGGCUCUGACAUGUGACUAUCAUGUACAUGUACAUCGGACACAAUAUAUUGCGCAGCACUACGACGGUAUGAGCGGUAUACCUAAAACUCGUCCAGUAGAAAGUGGUGCAAAAAUAUAGAGGGUGCGUUUAAUAUGCGUUCAUAUUUUUCAUGAGAUAAUAUUUCUGUAAUUAAUCACAAUCAACACGUCAAAAUGAUCGGCUCUGAUCUGGUAACUGAGAUCGGGAUCGGGACGUCCCGUUUCUAUGGAGCCACAGAGUUUCUCUAUAAUCAGCUGUUGUGAUGUUUUUAUUUGUGAUCCACCUCACUGCUCCUCCUCCUCCUCCUCCUCCUCCUCCUCACCACCACACUCAUACUGGGAGUCGGUUUACUCUGUCUGCGUCAUGGACUGUUCUGGAUGAUGGUGUCCAACAAUAAAUCUGUCUGUCAGUGUUAAACUCAGAGAGGACGGUGAGUCAGACACUCUGACAUCCAACUUUGACCCGCCAUGGCCGACAGCCAGCCACACUUUCACUACAACAGCUGAGAGGUUAAAAGACGGGGAGUUAUAACUGUGCAGUGAUGCCAACACACACCAGCUGCAUGUGUGUGUGUGUGUGUGUGUGUGAAAUUCCUCUCUCCUGAUCACACUCCCACUCAUAGCCUGAGUUACCGGCUGUUUGUCGGAGUGAGGGAGAAAGAUUCAUGUUGCAUUUAUGGUCCAUCUCACAGGCCGUAAAAAAGAGCUUUACGCUGACAGUAAACACUUCAAAAACAGGGAGAGGGCAAAGAUACAGGAUCAUGGACCUGGAGUCUGAGGCUGUCCAGAUCAGGGCGGAGCUCAAAAUAAGGUCAAAACAGCAAAAUACCGCCGUGGUGCGCUCUUUGUUUGACACGUGCAUCAGGACACGUUUGAAGUGAAAACAAACGUAUGAGAAACUUUGUAAAUCUUUAGAGACCCGUUCCUGGAGUUUGAAAAGUGAAAUGUUGUCCCAGUCUGGCUUGGUGGAGGAUUCAGGGUCUCAGGGUCUAAACAGAUCGGGGUCUCCGUGGUCCUAUUUUUGGUGUCAUGAUGUUCCAAACAUUUUCAGGACCGCAUCAGUCCAGGACUCUUCUCCUACAGAGCCAUGCUUCUUGUCCGAAUGAGGUUUGGGAUCAUAUGGAGGUCUUUGUCUGGAUGGAUGCAGAUGUUGCUCCUAAACCUGCAGAUAUCCUCUAAAACUGAGGAUGCAGCAUCUAUGAUUUCCAGCUCUACGUUGAAAGGACAACUGGACUUAACUGGACUUAAAACGUCGCUGAUGUGAACGCUUGUAUUGACAGGAUUCGGGUUCGAAAAGAAAUACUGACGUCCGAAAUAAUCGCACGAUAAAAACGCUGUGAAAGGACCUUUAGACUCAGGCGCUUUAUUUUGAAAGUCUUGAACUGUUUCCUCUCCCAGUCUUUCAUACGGUGGUGAAUCUCAUCCCUGGUUCUGUGACCGGCCUGUUGGAGGUGAAGUCGAUGGUGGGAAGGAACUUUUCCAGCGUUUUGUUUUCCUCAUCCAGAGUUUGCUGCCGUCAAAUUUUAAAAAACAUUUAUUUUAACCUAAAAAACCUGAAUAAUAACCUUAAAACCCUGAAUGGUUUCCAGAAUAAACAUCACACUGGUCCAGUUUUAAACUCAUUUGUAGAUGCAGUGACAAAGCUUAUCCUACUUUCUCUGAACAAACGUAUCAGCGAUUAUCGGACUCAUUAUCAGAUUAACGAAGUCUUAAGUCGAGAACUCCUCCUCUGACUCUGUGGUGGAGCUCAUAACUUUCACUGACGUCAUGUUUCUGUGUUACUCUUCAUUUUGUGACCGUCUCGUUCCUUUCAAACCGUCUUUUACAGCCCAGAUGGUCAGACAGACGUGGUGUUUUCACAUGGACUGAAACACAAACCGGUCUUUGUUCCUUCAGUGACACUCGGCUGCUGUCGGACGUCGUCACUUUGAGCCUCUUUAUUUGUCGUCUUGUUAAACACAGAACAGGAGCUCCACGACAGGGAUCCACGUCGGCCUGUUUUCAGCGCUCUAAUCCCUCUGAGCUUUUUCACUGUUUGUUGAAAAUGUCACAAACUCCUCAUCUGUCCUCUGUUCGGGUGUAAUUUAGUCUAAAAUGAUAACUCACAUCUGCCCUUUUUCUCCCACUGACCAAUUAUACAAACCUACAAUUACAGUUUAACCUCUUUAACCCUCCACAGACUGACUUGGUUCCUUUGUUCCAACUUUUCUUUGUUUUUUUUAGAGGAUUAUUUUUAAAUCGGUAAAAGAUCCCAAAAUAUGCAAAGAUGUGUUUUUUUUCUCACACAUGAAAUCUAAGUGUAACCCAGUUUAUGCCUCCAUAGACCCCAGACUCUGCGUUGUGUUAAUGUUGUUGUUUGGUGGAAUGUGAGGGAUGAGUCGGACACACGGAUGGUCAGGAUCGCAGCUGAGAGACCGCCUGCUUUAACGAGUGUCUGCUUUAACGCACUUUGACCCGUUCUCUCACGCCACACUUGACAUUUCUCACGCUUAUUUUUCCCCGUUCAAUACUCUGUAUUUAUUUGUUUCAUGAUAAUAAACUCGGCUCGCCGUAGUUCAAGGAACUCUGAUAGACUGACCGAGAUAACCAAUCCCAGACCAGUCCAUCAGUCCUUUGUUCCUAACGCUGCAUUCGAGUUUCCUCAGGCGUCAGAUGCCUGAGCUGAAAAUGACGUCACACCCGAGUUCCCAGCGUUUCGGUUACCAAGUCAGAAAAAAGCAAAAUCGGACGCCUGAAACAAGAUGGCUACGUCUACAAAAGUUACUUUAGCACUUGCCUUAUAUUCGGACACGGCAAGCGCUAAAAUAACUUUCGUAGAUGUAGCCAUCUUGUUUCCACCUAUAAUAAUAAUAACAAUAAUAAUAAUAAUAAUAAUAAUAACAAUAAUAGUAACAACAACAACAACAAUAAUAAUAAUAAUGAUAAUUAUUAUUAUUAUUAUUAUAAAAGCACACAAAAAUAACGCUCAGUGUUUCUUAUAAAUUAAAAGAGGUUACAGUGUGUAAGAUAAUAUAAUAAUGAUGCCAAAUAAACCCCAAAAUAUUGAUGAUAUGAACAAAUGUGAAACACUGUUAAUGAAGCCAGAAUUAUUGAAAAUAUGUUUUUAAAUGUAUGAAAAUAUUGCACAAUAUAUCAAAUGAUUGAUAUAUGAUAUUUAAUAUUUAGAUGCAUAUUUAAUUAUAUAUAGAAGAUGCACAAAUUACCUCAGAAUGAGUAAAUACUGCAAAAUAUGUGGAAAAUAUAUAAAUUAGUGUCUAUAUGACCAUUAUAAUGAUUAAGGAUUCACAACAGAUGAAAAAUAUCAAUAAAUUAAACAAAAACAAACCAAAAAGAACUUAAUAAUGAUCAACAUUUCAUUAAAAACGUUUAAAUCAUGUAUCCUCUAUGAAAAAAUAUUGAUCAUGCACCUUUAAACAAAUUUAUGAAUGAUUCACUCUAAAAAUCUGAUUUUUCUCCUCUGUGUUUGACUCCAUCCGACCAGAUAAACCCGGAGACUCUCCGUUCUCACGUGUUCGCCCUGAUGUGUUUAUUCACACGUUCACUUAAACUCGUUCUUUUCUUAUCGAGCGCAGACUGAAGAGAUUAAAAAAAGGUCACAGUGAAGCUCUUUUCUCUCACCGGACUGAGAGUGCUGAUGUGUUUGUGACCUGUCCAGAAGAUUUAUUGAUUCCAUCAGGUUAAAAUCUCUCGUCCUCCUGAGAGAUGUUUGUACAGUCAGUUUACGGCCGACUGUGAGAGUAUUCAUCAUAACUUCAUCAUAACGACCUGCUUCUCCUCGAACAGCAGCACGACUCCUCUGCAGAGAGCUGCUGCUGUGAUAGACGAGAACAGAUAGAUCGGUGUGAUUUAUCUUAUUGAUUAUGGAUAUUGGAGACAGGUGAGUCAGUGACUGAAAUGAACUCUAAUGGAGACUCUAAAUGUGUCGACAGGGUUUCAUGCAGCGGAGUCUGUCUGAGUGAUGUUUGUUGGAGUUGUUCUUUCUGAUUGUUUACUGAGCGGUAAACAGGAUGCCCGCUCUCAUCUGUUUAUUUGGCUCUUUUAUAAAAUCAUCUUCACGUUAGUGCAGCAGGAUUCAGAGAGACUGCAAGUGAUUUUAAUCCAAAAUACUCAAUCUGUAAAACGGUCUGUGACUGUCGGAACCGAAGGGAUCAUUUCCAGAUUAUAAAAAAUGAGAGUGCAGUUUUUAGGCAUCCAGAAAGGCCUUAAAGACCCGCUCUGAUGAAAAUCAUGUUUUUCUUGUUUUUUACAUCUUCAUAUAUCAUUUUUCUGAUGCUACAGGAAAUGUCAUGAUAAAAAUAAGUUCAAAAUCACAUUUUUAAAUCUGUGGCAGACCCAAACGGCAGGUUCAGACACAGUGAGAUUUCCUACAUCACAAAUCCAAGCUCUGCUCCAAGAAAUGGAGAGGACGAACGCGGACUAAGUGUGGGCAUUAGUGGAUUGCAAGGCUCGUUAGAAAGCUAAUUAUGAUAUUAAAUUUAAUCAUGUCCACAAAGAUAUUCGUGUCCGAGAGCUGAAUAACUCCUAUGUCACCGGCAAUUUUAGGCUACAAGCUACCCACCAAACACCCGACGUUAUUGAGAUGUCUGUUUUUCAGGCUAAAUCAUGUCAGACCUUCAUGGCCGUAAUUUGGCCCAAAAGAAGACGUUGAAAACUGGGCUUUAUUUGGACGUACGGUGAAGACGUCUUUUCAACGUCCUUCUGCUGGGUGGAUAUUUCUAAGAGGAGUGUUCAGAGCAGCACUGUCUCCGCCCACGACUCAGAGGCGAAUUACUAAUGAGCGACUGGAGCUCUGAGAAGAAAAUACUUUUGAAAAUGACACAAUUUCGGCAAAAAAAAACUUCAUAAUCACAAUUUAAAGACCACUGAUAAGACUUUAAGUAAUAAAAACGAUCAGAGUGGGACUUUAAACCUGCAGUCUUUCCAGUGACCAGCAGGGGGCGAGUCUGUUUCGAAGUGAGCGUGAUGUCCCUCCAUAACAUUUUAAAUCGCUGUAGCUCAGCCGCUCACCGUUAUAUCUGCACAAUAUUUAAAUGCUGAAGGCUGAACAUAUCCAUUAUUUAGCGCCACCUACUGUCAACAGAAUAAUAACAAUCAAAUCCAAACACAAGGCCUGAACACAGACUGAUUGGUUACCUCCACCUCUGAUGUACAUAUAUGGUCAUGGUGUUGUCCAAUGACAGUCCAGUACUGUCUUCAUUAUCUGUCUCUGCAACAGCUGACUCGGCAUGACUCCCUUUUUAUUUCCUCACCCGUCUUCUUCCUCACAUCCUGUUUGCUCAUCUUUGUGUGUGUUUUUGUUGUUGUUGUUGUUUAAAGGUAGUUUUUCCUCUGCAGAUGGGUUUGUUGUUCUGCAGCUGGUCCAGAUGUCUCCGUGUCUCUGUGUCUCCUCAGUCCGUAUCGUUUCCACGUUUCCGUCUCUCACAAACAACUCGGCUCUGUUUGAACUCCCACAACAGGACCGUUAACUCUGCUUGUGUGUGUGUGUGUGUGUGUGUGUGUGUGUGUGUGUGUGUGUGUGUGUGUGUGUGUGUGUGUGUGUGUGUGUGUGUGUGUGUGUGUGAGCUGGAGAUGUAAACACUGCGCUUCCUUGUUGUCUUUGGAUGCCAUCAGUGGGAAAUCAAUACCAACAAGGCUCUCAGCCAAUCAGGAUGCAGCAGCAGCAGCAGCAGUGAAGUGAACUUUUCAAAGACGACGAUAAAUUAAAGAAAUAUGAAUGGAGCGUCUUCUGUAUCCUUCUGUCCUCACUCUGAGGUUAUCUCAGCUUGUUUGGAGGUGAUGAAGAUGAGGAGAAGUGAACCCUCCCACACAGUGAAGCUGCCGGUUCCCCCAGUACAAACCAGUAACCAGUACAGAUGUGUAACCCGUACUUCCACAGACUGAGUGAUGAGUGUCUCUGAAAUCACAGGGUGUGAUUUAUGAACGCUUCUGCCACGACAACAGACUCCCAUGACUUCCUGUUCCUAUGAAGAGCUGUGGUUACUCACCCUGUGUUCUUGUGAGUGUGUGUUUCAAAUCCUCUUUUUCUGCUCGGGUUCGGACCCUGCACUCUCCCUCUCUCUCUCAUCAGCUGGUUUGACAGAUUUCAUCGCCUCCCGUCUCUUUACGCUUCACACCAACAUGACUUCCUGUCAGAGUUGAUUUUUAUGCCACAAAAAAACAGCCUGUUGCAGAAAAAGUGAAGGCAUCAUUAGCGUUAAAGGUUUGCAGCUGUGUGUUUCUGCACGCUCAUUAUGGCGUUAGUAACACGCCGUUUCACAUCAUGGACGCGGUCUCAGUGGCAUCAUCCAUACUGGUAUUCUGAAACAGGUGAAGACGUGGAGCUGCGGCUAAAAUCGGCUUCAACGUGAUCAACUUCUCAGAUUGAGUUUUGCUCCCCGACUUAAACCCUGAGUCCAGUUUUGCUUCUGAAACCCUCAUGUGGGAGUCCAGACUUCAAAGUGGUCCACAAACCUGUGAAUCAGGCCCCCAUGUACUUCUUUAUAUUCAGUCUGUGGUCUAAUGUGACAGCAGAGAGCGUCUGCUGCUCUGAGGGGUCAGUGACCUCUGUACUGUUGUGGAGUAAGCAUUUUAACAGCUAAUGGACGGUGAACAAAGACCUUGUGAGUGUGUGUUUCCUUUGUUUGUGUGUGUUAUGUGUGUUGACGCGUUUCCUUACUCGGUUUUCUGUUGUCCUCUCUCUCUUGGUGUUUGCAGGAAUUUUAAUCCGUCAUCUUUUCCUCUGAUAUGCAGAGUGAGUCAGGGGUCUCGCUCUCUGAUCAACAAACAGGAAAUACUUUCAUUCCUGUCUUGAAACCCCAAACAACCUCCACCAUGUAGAGAAGCCGUGUCAUGUUUUAACGCUUCCUGUUUUGGAUCCCUGCUGCUCAUUUCUCUCUCCUCAUCUUGAUUCUGUUUUGGCCGAUUACGUUCCUCCAGCAGCUGAUUGUUUUGGUCUAACGGAGCUUCUUCUUCUUCUUCUUCUUCUUCUUCUUCUUCUUUUUCAGAGAAACUUUAUAACUCCCAAGGUCCAGAGCUGAGGCGCUCGCUCUUCUCUCUCAAACAGCUUUUCCAGGUAACACACACACACACACACACACACACACACACACAUACACACACAUCUGUAAGAUGGCUUAAAGUCCGAUCCGUUGAUCCGGUCUCUUCUUUGCAGGAUGAUAAAGACCUGGUCCCGGAGUUUGUGGCCUCUGAAGGUCUGACAUGUUUCAUCAAAGUCGGAGCGGAGGCCGACACCAACUACCAGAACUACAUCCUGAGAGGUGAGGCUCCACCUGGCUGUUGGUUUGGAGAGUUCAGGACCGUCAGUGGUAAUCGGAGUGUUUCUCCGACCGCAGUAUGACUGUUGAAGUCUGUGUUUGUUGUUGCUUAAAUCUGAACCAGUCCUGUGGCGUGCUCUGAAACGGUUUUAAUUACACCUGUGAAGACGGGUUUGAGUGCCAUCAGGUUUAGAGUGCACAGGGCAGCUCUGUGCAGCUGAGAGUGGAGACAAAAACAAGCCCAGAGCUGCAGGUCUUUGUGUCUGUUCACACUUAAACAUCAUCAGUACAAUAUUCUUUGUGAAUCUGACCUUUAGGCGGAGCAAAUGACGGGUCAUGUGAUGCAGAAAUCUUCAAACUUAACCCCGUCAAGUUCUUUCUUAUGCAAAACCAGAAAUAUUUUGUAGAAAUUUAAAGACUAGAGAGGUUGGGGGGGCUUUUAUUUUAUAACAGGAAAUUUUGAUGAACUCUCAAAAGACAAACAGAAAAUGGAAAGGACCCACGAUAGCGCCCAGGGGAACGCCACACACUCCAUGUCAUAGCAGUGUUGGGUUCAAAACCUCGUCUUUCUUUCUUUUUUCUUCUUUAUUUUACCUCAAACUUUAAGAACAACAAAAAAGUAAACAAGAAACAAAAAAACAAACAAAAUAAUACAUAUGUACACCAGACAACUGUACAUGUCAAAGAUAAAUUUAUACAACAUAUGUUUGUCAAAAAUAAACAACAAGAAACAAAAACACUGAACAAAACAAUAUGUAUGUAAACCAGACAACUGUACAUGUCAAAGAUAAAUCUAUACAACAUGUUUGUCAAAUAUAAACAGUUUGAGAUGAAACAGAAUGAAGCAAAGAGUUUAUAUUGUCCCGCCCCCUCCUUGCAAAUUAGAGAUUUAAAAAAAAAUCUAACUGUUUUAAAUAAUAAUAAUAAUAAUAAUCUUGCAAAACAAGAGCUGCAAACCUUUUGUGUAUUUUCCCUCUAGUGUCCCUGUUGCAGCUCUUUUUGUGAAUAUUUUAAAAACAAGGAUGCUCCUUUAGCUUCUCAGCUGACUCCUCAGCUGACUCACGCCAGUUUAAAAAAAAUGAGGAUAUAAACAUCAUCGAUCUUAUCGCUGAGUCUUGUUCGUUUUUGGAUCUCACGCUGAACCAAACCGUCAGUUUAUCUCGCCAUCAGAAAACUCCUCAGUGGAGCUUCAAAGAGGAAAUCAAAAGGAUCCAAGAUGGUGCCCUGGGGAACGCCACAGACCACAUGACACAGCAGCAGCAGUGUUAGACAGAUUAUAAAAGCCUUUUAUUUUAUUUAUAAAUCCAGGUGGAUCAGAACAUGAUAAACCAGUAAAAGUGAAUUAACACCAAAUCUAAGUGGAUCUUAUUGUAGAAGAACGAUGACAUUUCAGCUCAAGAAUCACGUGGUGAUUUCCAGUCUAACAAAACGAGUCCCAGUCCUGAGAACAGCUCCUACCUCCUUCAUGCUGCUCCUUCAUCAGCUGGUUUCUGAUCGUCCCUGCACACAGCAGCAGCAGCAGCAGCAGUUUGGCCCGAUGGAAACUCGGCUUCACACGUCCAACAAACCCACAGAGAGCUGAGUCAGCCCUGCAGAUUACAGGCUCCUCUGGAUCUGCUGGAGCUGUGAGUGGAAACCAGAGAGUCGACACUGACAACUGACCUGUCUCUGUCUUUUUUUCUGCAUUUCUCUGUGUGUCCGUCUGUGUGUCCGUCUGUGUGUCCGUCAGCUCUCAGUCAGAUCAUGCUGUUUGUGGACGGUAUGAACGGCGUGAUAAACCACAACGAAACGGUGCAGUGGCUCUACACGCUGACAGGAAGCCUGGUGAGUGACGUCUGAACGAUCCUUUACUUUUCAACCGGUCUCACCUCUUCAGUGGAGGAACAAUUCCUGCUCUCCAGUUUCAGAACAUCGGGAACAUCUUGAGAUCUGAACGUUCACUCCAUUAAAAACACAGUGUGUGUAUUUGAACAACUACAUAAGGAGUAAAAUUAGCUCCUUUAAGACCAUAAUGACACCGGCAGCAGAAACAAAAACAGAAACACAUCCCUCUGCAAAAAUAAGGUUCAGAUUUAAAAAUGUUUGCAAUGACCCUUUAAUGAUGACAUCUGACAGCCUGUUUAAACCCACCAUCACUCAGCUGAGGAACACACAGGGUCUGAAUUUAGAUCCAGUUUCAAAGUUUCCUCUGCAGAGAAGUGACUCAGACGAGGUUUAGACCGUAGGACGGAUCUGUGGCGCCCCCUGGUGGACUGACGGUGAACUUGUCUUUGUCUGCAGUCUCGGCUGGUGGUGAAGACGGCUCUGAAGCUCCUCAUCGUCUUCGUCGAAUACGCAGAGUCCAACAGUCCUCUGCUCAUCAACGCUGUCAACACGGUGGACGGAAAACGAGGUAAAAUUAAAGGGAUAGUUCGUGUUUUUUUAAAUCAGGUUGUUUGAGCUAAAAGUCAGGUGGGAUCCAGAGAUCUCUGCUGUAAAACAGUGAGCAGGAUCUAUGCUAGAAGUCUUAAUAGACCAAAUACAUACAGAGUUAAUGAAAGGGGUUGUUAUUGGUGGGAAACAGCCGAUAAAAAGUGACUCAGUACAUUUCUGGGCCCCCAGAUCCGGAGGUUUUCUCAAGUGUUGAGGUUUAUAAAAAAGCUGAUAUCUCAGCCUCUGGAGCAGAUAGAAACAUCAUUCAAAAGGUAUUUGAGAGCUUAUACAUGUGGCUUUUAAGAUAACUAUCUUUUAUUCUUCUGAGCCUUCAUCACAUUUUUGAAAACCUUGAACAAACAAACUCAAAUGAAAUAAAGCGGCUGAAUAAAUAAAAGUUAAGACUCUGGAGAAUAACAAACUGUUUAUUUUCUAUAAAACAAGUGUCAGUCAUGAUAAAGUGUCCAUCAGUACAAAUGUAAAUAUAAAAAAUAAAGUGUUUAAAUGGUAAACAGCUGCCCUAGUAUAGUGCCAGGACAAAAGCAGAAACUAAAAACUAAUAAAUAAGUAAGUGUGUUCAUGUCUGUGCUCACCAAAAGUCAUGAACACUCAGAGAAAUCGCCGAUAAUGUGAAUCAAAGAUCUCGAUAUGAAGAGGUUGUUCACACUGCUGGAUGUAUGUAUGAUGUAUCCAUGCUCAUGGCUCGGAAGAUUGAUAUGUGUACAUGCUGUCCCGGUUUAAAUGGGUUAAAUCUGCACAUAUCGAAGUCAAGUCGAUGUUUAUUUCUAAAGCACCUUUAAAAGAGAGAAGUCAAACAAAGUGCUGAACACGGGAAAAAUAAAGAAGUAAAUAAAUAGAUAAGAAUGAAAAAUAGAAUUAAAAACAGUGAAAUAAAAUACAGACAGUAAAAGAAAAACAGUCUGAGUGUGAGUUUGUGUGUCUCAGGUGUGAAGCCGUGGGCUUACCUGAUGGAGGUUCUGGAGGAGAGGAACGGUACCGACACGGAGCUGCUCAUGUUCGCCAUGACGCUCAUCAACAAGGUAAACGAACGUACGACAAUAAAACCAGAGAGGUCCGAGUGUGUGUGAGUUUAAAACGUCAGUGACGUCUAUGUGUGUGUGUGUUUCCUCAGACCCUCGCCGUGCUCCCGGACCAGGACUCGUUCUACGAUCUGACCGACAGUCUGGAGCAGUUGGGGAUGGAGACCAUCAUCUUCAAACACAUGAACAACAGAGCGACGGAGCCCGACCUGAGGGCGCAGUUCGCCAUCUACGAGGUAACGACGACCUGAGCGACGACACACACCUGACAGAACUACAGACACGGGGAUAACAGAGUGUGUGUGUGUGUGUGUGUGUGUGUGUGUGUGUGUGUGCGUGCGCGGUGCAGGCAGCUCUGAAGUACGAGGACGGAGACAUGGACGACUCCUCCCCUCACCUUCGCAAAGAGAGAAGAAAGAUGGCCGCCGGCGAUCAGGAGGGACGAAAGAGCCGCCGAACCUCCACCCAGAACCUCCCUGACAUCCUCUCCUCACCCGCAGGCAUCUCCCCCUGUGCCUCCCCCACCCCAACAGCCUUCCUCUCCCCAUCGACAGAAAACACGACCUUCACCCCGACCUUCUCCCCCUCUGGAUCCCCCACCCCGACCUCCUUCCUCCCCGCCUCCAGAGAGAACAGACUUCCCUCGCCUGUCAUCUCCCCCGCCGUCUCCCCCGCCGUCUCCUCCCCCAGUCCUACAGCAGGACUCGGCAGCAGGGCCUCAUCCCCGCUGACCUCUGACCCGGGCAGUCCUGCCUCCAGCCCAUCAGGAUCCCAGAGAGGGUCUCCCCUACCUCCCCACAUGUCCUCCAACGGUACCAUCGUCACAGAGCCGGACGCAAAGAGUCCGUAAGUUCACCAUGAUAGACUUCACAUGACCUAACUAGACCUGAAUCCACCUGGAGGUUCAGGUCUGCAGGUUUCUGUUACACUGAAGAAACCCCAAAAGCAGGACCACGACAAAGGUCAAGAUACUGAACCAUGAAACUCCGUCGUCUUUGUCGUGUGAAAGUUCUUCUCUGAUCUGGAUUUGUAGUUUCAGUUAAAAGGAGAACAUAUUUAAACCCCCCCCCUCUCCAGGGUUUCUCGGUGGACCCGGUCCCUCUCAGCCCCCUGAGUUUGACCAAGUUUAGACCGACACGCUGAUGAGGGUCUGUGUUUUAUUUGGAAACAGAUUUUCUCUGAGUUCAAGCAGCAGGAAUGUUUGUGCUGCUCUGUGGGCACACCGAGAACUUUUCUGCUCGUGUUCCUGCUGCUGCCAUCUCCUAAAAAAAGGGGGCGGGGUUUAGUUUAUAUUUAACAUCAGAUCAAACUGGAAUUACAAACAUCUCCUCAAACCACUUCACAUCUCAGGGUCUCUGUUCCUGGUUCUGGUUCUGGGUCUGUUCUUGUCUCUGUGAUUUGGUGUUGGGUUUCUAUCUCUAAUCUAACCCCCGGUGUUUCCGUCCCCUCCCCUCUUCUUCUCCCUCUCUUCUUCUCCUUCUUCUUCUCUCUUCUCUCUUCCUGCUGUUAUUCCUCCUGACCACCAGCAGUCGCUCUUUCCUCAGCCACCAUAUGUCUGCUCUGGGUCUCGGCAGGAAGUCCAGGCUCUUUUCCAAAACCAGCUCCAUCUCUGAGGAGCCGUCAGCCGCCUGCAGGUCUGUAACACCCAGACUGACCUGUGUGAUGUCCUGUCGGUGCCCCCUACAGGCAGAGGCGUACACUACAGUCAUUUACGGAGAAUCGACCCAUCAGUUCACGAUUUUAGUAAAUUUGUCGAAUUUGAAUGAUGCAGUGAAUCAGCGUUUACGAUGAUAGAAAUAUAAAAACUAGAGCAGAGACUUUCACACGUUAAUUGUGAUUAAUUAAUUACGGUAAUAUUAUCUCGUUAAAAUAUUUACACAUAUUAUUCGCACAUACUUUAUUUUUCCACCGCUUAAAGUUUCUCACUAGACGAGUUUCAGGUAUACCGCUUAUGCCGGUGCACCCCUCCAGUAUCACCUGAAUGCUAAAAGUUCACCUUAGUCCGAUUCCGAUCAAGCGAUUAUUGGCGAUUAAUUAAUUAAUUAGCCUCUGAUUAAUUAGAUUAAUUUCUUUAAUUGAGUCCCAGCCCUAAUAAAAAGGUUAUUUUAAAGCUCCUGUGAGAACUUUUUGGUUUGUGUCAGUUUUGUGCCCCCUGUGGACAAAUUCGGUACUGCAUACCUAGAUUUCUAAAUGCUUAAAUAACGACUUCUGACAAAAACAACAAAAAAAUGUCAUCUCACAAACUGACCUGGGCUUUAAGUGUUUCUUUUUGGUUUGGUGUACCGUGUUGGUCAUGAUGAAAUCACGAUGAUCGGAAACUGCCGACGCCGUCGUUAGUUGCACACAUUUUUCUCUGACACAUUCACACGCGGAGCGGCGAACGAAACUGUCAGGAAACAAUGUUCUCAAAAGUUUGCCAUCAGCUUCCUCACUACAUUCUUGGCUGGUCACUCAUUCUGUGUGUGUGUGUGUGUGUGUGUGUGUGUGUGUGUGUGUUUCAGCUCGCCUUCCUCAGACCAGGAGAAGUCGUCCCAGUCGAACCAGGAGCAGCCUGUCAAGACAGAGUCUAAAACCAGUUUCAAGUAAGUUUUUCUGGUUUGUUGUGGAUUGUGAUGGUGGAGUGAACUGGGAUGUCAGGUUGCCAUGGUGAUUUAGGUUUAGAUAUCUGUAUGCAGCAGUUAAUUACUCUUCUGUUUUAUUGUGUUUUCUUUAUUUGAAGAGGAUGUCCUCAGACUGUCGGAGUUUCACUUUCAACUCUUUGAGUUUUCGCUUUUACUUUGUUUUAAUUUGUUUUAUAACAGACCUGAAUAAUUUUUUAAAAUAUAUUAAAGACCUCAGAGUCAUGAGAAAUGAGAGAUGGGAUUUAGAGCUUAUUUUUUGAAUGUUUUUAAAUCUUCUUUGAUUUGUGUUUUGUUUUUUCAUAAAACUUCAGGUCAUUUUAAUUUAUAAUUUUUUUAUUAUUAUUUUUUUUUACCCCUUAGUUGUCGGAGUAUUUGCUUCUUUUUUUCUUUUUUUUUUGCUGACUUUUUUUGUGACAUUUUUUUAUAUUUUUUUUAAUUAUUUUUUUUAACCCCUAUAUUGUCAGAGUGUUUGCUUCAUUGUUUUUUCUUUAUUUUGAUAAAAUUUUUAAUGACAUUUUGAAAUAUAUUUUUAAUUUAAUUUUUUUUUUUUUUGACUAAUUUUUCAAAUGUCGUAUUUGUUCUCCAAAAGCUCCAUCUUCUUUGUUUUUAGAUUUCCUGUUUGAUAAAAUCGUUGCAGAUCUCUCUCUCUCUCUCUCUCUCUCUCUCUCUCUCUCUCUCUCUCCUCUCCCCUCUCUCUCUCUCUCUCUCCCUCUCUCUCUCUCUCUUUCUCUCUCUCUCUCUGUUUGUUGUUUCUCCUGUCUCUGUCCGUGUCUCUCCGUCUGUCUUUUUUGCUGUUUUUCUUCUUCGUCACAUCAUUAAAAUAUUUCAUCGGUUGUUCUAAUCUUUUUCUUUUUCCUCUUUUCCAACAUUUUCCUCCCUCGUCUUUCUCUCUUCCUCUCUUCCCUCGUUCCUCACCCAGCUCUGGGGAGGAUGACCUGUUUCGAUGGUAAGUACCCGUCUCCCUCCUCCUGUCCUUCAGUCCUCCUCCUCCUCCUCCUCCUCCUCCUCAUGUGUUUCUCAUUAUGCUCAGCUGCAUUUAAACUCUUCAGCAUAUUAGAAUUUUUUUUAAAGUUGUUUAAUUGAAAGUCAGAUUGAAAUAGAUUAAAACUGAUUAAAAUUUAAUGAAGUGAUUAUAAAAUUAAACAUUUUACUGUUGGAGACGUUUUUCUGCAGCUGAUCACUUCACCCAUCAGGUGUUGUAUGAUUGACUCUCAGUGCUAUCUGACCAGAGAGGAUGAUGGGAAAUGGAUCAAUCUUAGUGUGUUUUUGAUUGGAGAUGCAGAUUCUGUGUCCCAACAACCCCCUAAAAUCUGAGACCACAGUGGGACCGCCUGUUCGGUCAGAUAUCUGCGGUCAGGGUUGGUUUUCUUCUAACUGUAAAAGUCUCCAGACUCCACAGACAAACACAGGUGAAAAUAAAGAGUUUGUGUAACCUUAGUGUGUGUUUGUUUGUGAUAUUUAGUGUUGUGUUGUUGACUCUCUGUAACACUAAAGUCACUUUUAUCACAAACAAACAUCCACUGAGGAAGAACCGGGUUUGUGGGUGGAGUCUGGACCUUCUCUGUUUUUUUAGAGUCUCAGUCUUUAACUAAAAAAAGGGAUCUUCUGUUUCUGUCCGAAAAAUGUCCGAGCCCGUCCUCGACAAACACGAGCGUCUUUAAUCGGUGUCGUCAUGUGAUCAGAUGGAUUUUGUCGCAGCCUGUUUUAAUUUUCGUAAAACUGUCUUGACUGAAGUCUUGACUGUGGCAGACAGCAACCAAACCAAGGUGGACUGAAACCUGUGGACCCGAGCCUCGGUUCUGGUCCGGUUCUUGGUUUUCCACGAGUCCGUGUCCAUGCACGUCUUUGUGUCUUUGUGUCUUUGUGUCCCGCUCAGCUGUGUGUUGUGUCCCUACAGCUCUGAUGAAUGUAAUGUUAAUCCAGACAAGCCGGUUCUGAGGAGGUUUGAGUAAGUACUGGUGCAUGCUGGGAGAUGUAGUCUGGGCUCUGCUGGUUUUGGUGGGCUCUUGCUGUGUGUGUGUGCAGCCUGUCGGGUUGUUUCAGAGUGAUUUUAGAUGAUUCAGUGUUUUUGAUUGAAUUUAUGGUUCUGGGUGAUUUUUAAUGAUUUUCUGCUGAAUCUCAAAUCAAAUCAAAUCCACUUUCUGACCCGGGUUCCUGUCUGUCUGUCUGAGAAGUAUCUUUAGAUUAUCUGUCUCAUUGUUUUCUUACUCCUCUGUCUCCUGGUCCUGGUUCUGGUUCUGGUCCUGGUCCAAGUGUAUUGUUUUCCUUCAGUUCACAACAAUAGAAACUCAUAAAGUGGGGCAGAGCUGAAAGUGUGAUUUUUCUGGAAGCUUCUAAACACAGACAUGAAGUCCAGACGGCCGAUUACAGACCAGCAGAUCUGUGCGCUCUCAGACCUGGACCAGGUCCACCUCCAAAAUAACCGAACCACACUGAACUGAACAGAACUGUAAAGCUGUAUAUAAAGUACAUGUCUUUAGUUUAUCGACUAAACUUCACUGUUCUCGAGGAUCUGAAUGUUGAAUUCUCCUUAUCGACUAAAUUGAGUCACUUUACAUGUAAAAACGGUUUAACAGCCUCAUUACAUAAAAAACAAACUUGUUUACUCAGCUCCAAUAACAAGAGUUAUUAUUUUAAUAUAAUUUAAAUGUAAUAUACUAAUAUACUUUGAUAUUUGACCCAUUAAAGGAUGAAUGCAGGACUUUUUUCUAACUCAAAAACACAAAGAAAAUGAACUUUUUAAAUAUAUUCUUAAAUCUCUCAGCCUUGUUCACCCAAAAACCUCAAAAUGAUUUAAAAUGUAGGACAAUAUUUAAGAAAAGUAUUCUUGGUCCUGAAAGUUGUGAAACUUUUGCUUUUUAUACGUUAAUUUAUAGAAAUAAAGAUUAAACCGCCCACAAAAGUAAUCUCAUGCCACAGGAAAUACUUUUUAUAUACCGCAUUUUUCGCACUGUAAGGCGUACCAUCAAUAAAUGCGUCUAUUAGCGUCUAUUUUCAUACAUAAGGUGCACCAGAUUAUAAAGCGUAUUAAGCCAAACAAAACAGUCAGAUAAGUCAAACUUUAUUUAACUCAUUCAAUAACUCCGCGAGGCUACGGAGGCUGCAGAGCUCCGACAAGCCAAAAGGAUUUUAAGUGCGCCUUAUAGUACGAAAAAUACGGUAAAUCAUUCAUCACUUAUUAUAACACAUGUAAAUAAACCCUCAUCAAUGCAGGAAAGAUAGAAAUCCUUAUAAGUAAUUAUAAGCAUUAAUGAGAACUUAAAUCAGUGUUUAGUGUAAUAAACAUCUGACAGUCAUCCAUCGUUAAUUUUGGGGUUCCUCAGGGCUCAGCUGGAGGAACACUCCUGUUUUCUAUCUCUACAUUUCCUCCUGGACAUGUGAUCAAUAGAAACAACAUUCACUUUAAAUCUGUACGCUGAUGACACCCAGCUUUACUUUUCUUUUAGCCGUAACAACCCUGAUCACAUCCAGGGUUUUAUCGACUGGAGGGUCCACAACUCUACAGAGAGUGAAUAUUGAUAUAGACAAAACAUUUAUCCACUUCACCCAACGUUCAUCUAUUAACUGGAGCAAUGAAGCUUUUUUAAAUUUAACUUUUUGACUCAUGAUACUGCGUGUUGUAGUCAUAUCUGAGCCUCUGUUGUAACUCAAUCAGGAACUCAAAUUUCCUUCAGGGUUCAUAAAGUUUCAUCUUAUUGUGGAUCAAGUUGGAAAAUAUUUACAGAUUUAACCGCAUCUCUGAAGACAGGAUGUCUAAAUCUCUUCAGAGCGCUAAAAAUGAAAAUCGUUCAUGAACACAAAACUGUCAGUGUUUUAAUUUAGUCUUACAGAUCUGCUUUAAGCCUUUCUUUAUAACAGAGCGUCACUGAAAAUAACUGUGGUUCAGUUAUUGAUCCUGUCUUUGGCACUUGAACACGCUCCCUCCAAAACAUCGAUCAUCAGCGACCUAAAGGGACGUAAAAACGUACGAUAAUAUCCUGAGUUUAUCUUUAAUAGGAGAUUAAAAUCGCUCUAAACUUUGAUAAUGAGGGAAAAUGAUAAGAUAAGGUCUCGAUCUCUCUUCAGAGAAAACUUAAACAAUAAAAAUCUCCCCCUUCCUCUGACCUUCGUCUCUCUACAGCUGAAUAAUCACUAAAAAACUGCAGAGAUGUGUGUGUUUGUGUUGGGUUCAUAGUUCAGCACUUCGUCCAGAACCUCACAUAUUAAACUCGUAAAUCAGCGCCGCUGGUGUGUGCCGCAGCUUCAGUGUGUGUGUGUGUGUGUGUGUGUGCUGUUUUUCAAGGUGUGUGGGUUUGUUUUCGCUGGUGUUUAAUCUGCCUGAAGCUGGUUUUAGAUUUGCAGUGACGACAAAAAUCAAUCAAUCAAUCAAUCAGUCGCUGGUUUGUGUGGUGUACGGUUUCUUUCAAUUUGUUUGUCGUGUUUUUUUUGCUUUCACAUGCUGUCAAGAACAUUCAAGUCUGACUUUUCUGUGUUUAUAGUUCCUGAUCUCUAAUUCAUUUAGUUCCUCUGGGGCAUUUUGAUCAGUUUGUGAAACAGACUUUAAUCAAUAUUCAUGUUUUUAUAGGACGUACUAAAGCAAACGAGAAAGACUGACUCACUUCUAUGUUUGUCGUUUUUGAAGCCUGAAACCAAAACGGUUCACAGAAACAAACAUUUGAAGAUGCAUGUUGAUAUAAAAUAAAUCUUUUUACACAUGUACGAAGAAAAGUAGAGGAAUCACUUUGUCCACAGGGGGCGCCAAAUUCAACACAAUCAGAAGUCCCUCAUUGAAGCUUUAAGAGUCACAGAGAAACAAACAUUUUAGAUCUUCCUAAAACUUUUGUGUUUUUCUCACUGAGCUGCUUUGUUGUUGUUGUUGUUGGUUCUGGUUUCCUCCUGAAACAUCAUCUGAGUCUCAUAUCGGAGCGUCUUCACGACCUCAGCAGCAUGUGAAAGUGGCGCCUGAUCUCAGCCUCCCAAACGUCUGAUCGCAGCUCCUCGUCUGAUUCGUGUCGGCCGUGUUAUGUCCCCGUCUCAGGUGGUUUUUGUUGAUCCUGUUUCUGCAGAGACACCUUCCUGCGCAGCCUGGCAGCCACACAGUGGGAGAAGAAGAGGAGGAGUAAAAACCUGAGCCAGUCCAGGCAGUCCACGUCUGAUGACCUCAUAACCCCGAAGUCUGCGGAGGAGCCGGGCGGCGAGGAGUCAUCAGAGCGCGGUAAAACGUUAUAUUCAUGUGUUUGAAUGAAGCUGAUGUGUAAACAGGAAGGUUAACGGGUUUAUUAAAGGUCGUCAAUCUCUGUCUGUUUUUUUCAGUGCCAUCCCCCAGCAGUCUGGACAGUAACGGACACUCAGACUCCCAGAAUGACCCAGGUGAGGGACUACAGAUACCCACAAUCCCGUUCUCUAAAACUGAUGUUUGUGUGGAGGACCCGGUCUUGAAAACUGCAUGUUUAAUUUCACAGACAGGCUACUAGAAUAGAAAAAUAAGCUGAGGGGUGUUACUAAUUUGGUUAUAAAUGUCAGCUGUUGAUUGGUCGACGUGUUACCAUGGAGACACAAAGUUCCUUCUGCUGAUUCAGAGGAUGAAACAAACUUCAUUCAGCUUUAAACAGAGUUCAGUGUGUCAGCUGAGUGGAGUCAGCACGCCCCCUGGUGGAGGUCAGGUGUCACUACACUGUUAGAGUCCAGAGUAAACAGGAGUGACAGGAGUUAUUAUGAGCGUCUGUUCUCGGCUGUUAGAUCCUCAUCAGACCUGGAAGCUGAUCGUAGUUGAAGCAGUAAAACUUAAACUCAGGAGUGAUUUUGUUUUAAUUCUGACAAACUUUCGUCUCUCUGCAGCGACCGGCAUCCAGCGUCAGUGCAGCACGCUGUCCAACGACAGGAAGUUCCUGCUGGACAUGCUGUACUCCAAAACUUCUCCUUCAGCACCUCUGAGCCCCACCGCUGCUGCUGCUCCUGACACCACAGAAGAAGAAGGAAACUUCACACCUGGUAGGAGCUGAGAGACGCUGCGCACUAAUCCUGUUCUCAUGGAGAUACCCCACUGUUUUAUUCAGGAUUUCAUUCUGUGUGUUUUCCUCUCAGGUGGAGAUCUGGGGGGUCGGGGCCGUGUGCUGGAGCGAUUGUCCAGCUUUAAUGCUCGCUCAGCGGAGCCCGCGGUUCCCACUGAGAGCAGCGCCUCCCGCAGGGCAGAGCUGGAGGGGCUGGAAGGGUCGGCCCAGGCGGCGCUGGCCCGACUGGCUGAUUAUCAGAAGGUCUGGACCGUCGCUAAAUUUAAUAAACGCUUUUUAAAACUCCAUUAACUCCAGUUUAGGGAGUCCCCCAGAUCACAUGAGUCCUGACCCUGUUUUAUCUACCCGACUGUUUUCACACAGAACCGUAAACUCCGUCAGCAGAGCAGUGUGGACGUAGAGAACCAGGCCCGCCGUCCUGACACCGCCCAGACGACCCCUCUGGGUCCUGGAGUUCCCUCAGACGCCUGGGAGCAGCUGCAGCCGAGCGCCUCCUCCCUGCGGAUCAAAGACUUGGACUUCUCCGACCUCCUGGACGAGGAGGACAUCGACGUCCUGGACAUGGACACCUUUGACUCCUCCUCCUCCUCCACCUGUUACUCCGGCCUCCCUCCUCCUGCUCCUCCACCUCCACCAGGCAUGGCAGGAAUCCCACCGGCGCCUCCCCCUCCACCACCUCCUCCAGGCCUGCCCGGAGCUCCGCCUCCUCCCCCACCUCCUCCGCCUCUUCCAGGAGGUCUAGCCCCACCUCCACCUCCUCCACCCCCUCCUCCUGGUGCUCCCCCUCCACCUCCCUUCUCCACCUCCCCAGGAGCUCCAUCUCAGAAGAAGAAGAAGACGGUGAAGCUGUUCUGGAAGGAGCUGAAACAGGCUGACGGGCCGCAGAAGUGCCGCUUCGGUCGGGGGACGGUGUGGGCGUCUCUGGACAAGGUGGUGGUGGACACCACCCGCCUAGAACACCUGUUUGAGUCGAAAGCCAAGGAGCUGCCUGUCGCCAAGGUAACCGGGCUUAGUUUAGCUGGGGGGGAAAACAAACAGAUGCAGAGUGGGAAGAAGUGAGAGGGAAGGUGGAGGGAGAGGUGAGGCUGAGUUUGUGAGUGUUGAGACUCGGUGGGAGGUUCAUCAGGUUUUAUCUCUGAGCUUCAUGUCUCACUUUUAUAUUAAUGUCUGAGUUUAAUUAGAUUUAAUUAAAUAUGAAUUUAAUUAGAGACGAACGAUGGUGAGCAGAUAUUUGUGGGAUGAUGUUGAAAGUCAUUUUUUAGUCUCACAAAGACGUUUUUGAGGUUCGUUUCACCUCCUGUUCAUGAUGCUGUUGUUGUAAUACUCAUUUUGACCACCGGGGACUGUAUAGCACGACUCCACCAUGCUCUUAACGACACUGAGAGUGUUUUCUUGUAAUUAGGGCUGCACGAUUAAUCGAUUUUAAAUCCGAAUUUGGUUAUUUGAUUAUGACGAUGUUAAAAAACUAAAUUCAUCAUAUUGAUUUUCCUCUCCAUCAUGCACCUCCAGGCCACCGUAGGCUCCUCCUUCCCACACACACCACUGUAAACAAACAUGGCGUUUGUAGAAGAAGGCGAUAAUUUUGUGGUUAAAUAGGACAAGAGCGAGUCAGUCGUGUUGAAUUGGUUCGACUUCACAGUUUCAGAUGAAGAGUAAACCACUCCCCGCUGCAAAGUCUGUCUGAAGGCGGUAUCAACCCGUCACCACGGAAACGAAUUCAGGAGGAAACGCUAACGUUUUUUGUCGUAUCGGCAUUUCAUCCACACGGAAGUAGAAAAAAAUUUGGAUUUCAUUUUUGUUUAAAAUCAUGCAGCCUCUCUGUCGUCGUAUUUCUAAGACGUCAGGAUGUGGAAACGUCGAUAACUGAAGAUUUUCUGCAGUUUUAUGUUUCGACUUUUUUCUUCACUGAUUUUUAUUAAAUGUUUUUAACUGUAUUUGUAAAAUUUGUUGUUUGAGCAGAAAGGACCGGAGACGAAGAGGUCUGAGAUUCUGGUUCUGGACCCAAAGAGAAGUAACGCCAUCAACAUCGGUAUGACCGUCCUGCCGGCCGUCCACGUCAUCAGAACCGCCAUCCUCAACUUUGACGAGUUUGCCAUCACCAAGGAGGGGAUCGAGGUAAAGGAGGAUUUUUUUAAUAAGGUCUACAGUAGAUGUAGAUCCAGGUCUGAGCUGACCCCUCUCUGCUCUGAGUAGAAGAUCCUGACCAUGGUCCCCACAGACGAGGAGAAGCAGAAGAUCCAGGAGGCUCAGCUCGCCAAUCCUGACGUUCCUCUGGGCACAGCGGAGCAGUUCCUCUUCAGCCUGGCCUCCAUCAGCGCCCUGACCCCCCGCCUGCAGCUCUGGGCCUUCAAACUGAACUAUGAGGCUCUGGAGAAGGUCAGAAACCUGGUUUUAGGUCUACAUGAGUCCUGGUCCAUCUCACUGUGGCGUCAGUGAAAACCCUCCAGUACUUUCAUAAGACAGGAUGUUGAUUAUGUCGUGAUUUUGUCGCCCCCUGCAGGAGAUCGCAGAGCCGCUCUUUGACCUGAAGCUCGGCAUGGAGCAGCUCGCCUCUAAUCUGACCUUCAGGAGGAUCCUCGCCACACUGCUCGCCAUCGGGAACUUCCUCAACAGCUCCAACGUGAGGACGAAAAAACACAAAAACAGAGAGAGAGUGGAAAUAUCCACGCCGACAGGGAGAGGGAGUCACUGCUCUCCUGAUUCCUUACUUCCCUCCUCUCCUGAUUCCUUACUUCCUCUCCUGCUUCCUUACUUUCCUUCUCUCCUGCUCCCUUCCCUCCCUUCCUGGUUCCUUUCCUCCUCUUCUCCUUCUUUUCCUCCUCUCCCGCCUCCUUUCCUCCCCUCCUGCUUCCUUACUUUCUUCCUCUCCUGCUUCCCUCCUUCUCUUCUCUCCUGCUUUCUUCCUAACCUCUCCUGCUUCCUUCCCUCCUCUCCUGCUUCCUUCCAUUCCUCCUCUCCUGCUUCCGUCCUUCUCUUCUUUCGUGCUUCCUUAGCUUUCUUCCCUCCUCUUCUGAUUCCUUCCCUCCUCUCCUGCUUUCUUUCCUCCUCUCCUACUUUCUCCUUUGCUUCCUCUCCUGCUUUCUUCCCUCCUCUCCUGCUUCCUUCCUUUCCUCCUCUCCUGCUUCCCUCCCUUCCCCCAAACCUUGCUUCCAUCUCUCCUUUCCUGCUUCCUUCCCUCCUCUCCUGCUUCCUUCCUUUCCUCCCCUCCUGCUUCUUUACCUCCCAUUUUUCCUUCCUGCUCAUUUUUCCUCCUUUCUUUUUCUUUCCUUUUGUAAUCUCUCUCCUCUUCCUCCUCCUCCUUCUCCCCCUCCUCCUCCUCCUCCUCCUCCUCCUCAUCCUCCUCUUCCUCCUCCUCCUCCUCCCCCUCCUCCUCCUCACCUGACCCUUUGGAUAAUUUUGUCGUCUCUGUAAACAGGAAACUAAGAUAAAAGGAAAAGACCAUCAGAUAUCGUGUGUGUGUUAACAUGUGUGUGUGUGUGUGUGUGUGUGUGUGUGUGUGUGUGUGUGUGUGUGUGCGUGUGUGUGUGCGUGCGCAGGCUAAAGGCUUCGAGCUGGGUUACCUGGAGAAGGUGGUGGAGGUGAAGGACACGGUUCAUCGUCAGACUCUGCUGCAUCACACCUGCAGCCAGGUGGUGGAAAAUUACCCAGAAUCCUCGGACGUGUACUCGGAGAUCCCCGCCAUCACUCGCUCCGCCAAAGUAAAAGUCCUCUCCUCUUUUAUUUUGGUAAGUGUUCCUCUGUGGACGAUCAGGUGGUGACCAGGUGUGUUUCCUCCUCCUCCUCCAGGUGGACUUUGAGCUGCUGUCGGAGAACCUGGUCCAGCUGGAGAGACGCUGCAAAGCAUCAUGGGACAACCUGAAGGUGGUGGCCAAACAUGAGACCAAGGCGGUGCUGAAGAACAAGAUGACGGACUUCCUGAAGGACUGUACGCAGAGGAUCAUCAUCCUGAAGGUGGUGCACAGGAGGGUCAUCAACAGGUACACCACGCCGCUCCUCCUCUUCCUCUCCUCCUCUUCUUCUCCUCCUCUUCCUCUCCUCCUCUUCCUCUCCUCCUCUUCCUCUCCUCCUCUUCCUCUCCUCCUCUUUCUCUCCUCCUCUUCCUCUCUUCCUCUUCCUCUCCUCCUCUUUCUCUCCUCCUCUUCCUCUCCUCCUUCCUUCAUCUUCUCUUUCUCUAUCCUUUCUCCUCCUUGAAUUCAUCCUUGCAUCCCUCCUCUUUCCUCAUCUCCAUUUCACUCCUUUUUCCUCCUUCCUCUCCUUCCUUUCUCCUCCCUUUUCUCUCCAUCCCGCUGAUCCUCAGUUUGUGGUCCAGCUUCAGUCCUUCACCUCCUCCUCCUCCUCCUCCUCCUGCAGGUUCCACUCGUUCCUGCUGUUCCUGGGUCAGCCGUCCUCCUCCGUCAGAGACAUCAAGGUCACCAGUUUCUGUCGGAUCAUCAGCGAGUUCUCUCUCGAGUAUCGGACCACCAGAGAGCGAGUCCUGACCCUGAAACGGAAACGAGCCGCUCACAGAGAGAGGACCAAGACCAGAGGGAAGAUGAUCACUGAGGUACGACUCCUCCUCCUCCUCCUCCUCCUCCUCCUACACCUGGAGGGUCAAAGGUCACAGCAGGAGGCGUGAAAAUAAACUCAAACAGUCGAAGAAUCAGAACACUUUGAUCUUUUUAAUGAAACUUUCAAACUUCUGUAACUUUUCCAGACUGAGAAGUUUUCAGGGGCGGUGCCUCAGGAUGAAAGCUCCUCCCCCAUCUCCAUGGCAACAGAGGUGGAGCCAGGUCAGGAAGAGGAGCACGAGAACAUGAAGAACCUCCUCAUCAGCGGCAGGAACAGUCUGCCUGCAGAUCAGGGAGGACUGAGACGCUCCAGAGCCGUCCGCAGUAAGACCGCCGUGUUUCAUCUGAGCAUGCUCAGUACAGCCCCACGGUUAUGACCCCGACUUUAAAGAGAGAUGUUAACAGUAUGACUGCAUCCACAAACGGGGUCAAAACUGAACCAUAGAACCAGGAUCCAGAACCACCAGAGUCCUCUCUGGACCUGAGUCCAUUUAAGGUGGACUGAGGGGACGAGGAGAACUGUCCUGGGGUCUGCAGGGAUCACAACAGCACGGCUCUGUAGUAGGAGGGUCCUGCUUUUAAACUGGUCUGCCUGCAGUUCAGACUUCAGACCCACUGAACAGAAAGUUUAAUUAAAUAACGGGGUCGAUGUUUUUAAACGGAUUUAAAGGGAUAUUCUGGCAUGAAAUUAAUUUAGGGUCAAACCCACCGUAACACCGAGUCAGACCCCCCCUCCAGAGAUGAAUGUUGUCGACCGCUUGCUUCUCUAGUUAUACCAACUUUAGUAACGACCGCAGGAUAGAAAUACAGAGAGCCACGCGCUCAACUAAAACGCCACUCUAUAGCCACAAAUAAUGCUCAGAACAGGCGUGUGUCUAACUCGGUGUUACGGUGCGUUUGACCCUGAAUUAAUUUUAUGCUGGAAUAUCCCUUUAAAACCACAUUAUACUCAGUACCCUGACAUUUGUGGGAUUUUAUUUUGAGAUUAUUCUGUUUUUGUUUUGUUUUGAUCUGACAUUAUUAAGAGUCUAGAACACAUUAGAUUAAAUAAUUGAUCAUAUUUAUAUUUAAAUAUAUUUAUUUUCUGUUAUUUUUAAAUCACUGAUUAAAGAUUUCGAGCUUCUUUAUUUCGUCAUCUCUGAUUCUGAUUCUGAUUCUGAUUCUGGUCCUCAGGUCUCGGCAGCGUGAAUCCGUCUCAGAUGUCUGUAGCCAGAGACGACGGGCCGAGCCCUCAGGACGACGCCACCGAUGAGAUCAUGGACCGACUCGUCAAGUCUGUUACCCAGAAUCCUUCAGACAGACCCUCAAGUCCCAAGACUCGCAAACGGUCCCGAGUGAACAGAAAGUCCUGUGAGUACUGGACCUGAUGGGAUCCUGCUUUAAUGUUUAAUUGUUGGACUGCUCCUUUAAUCUUAGACUGGUCCACCUUGAGUUUGUAGGUUUCUGGGUCUCAGACUUUACGUGGAGACACAACAGCAGCUCUGUGUUCACAACACGUCCGUAUCAGACAGCAGCUCCGUAUCAGUGUUUUCACCUCCUCACUAAAUCCUGACUAUCAGAUCUUUACUGACCCGGUCAGGUUUGGAGGACACAGAGGACUCUGAGAGAGCAGAGGAUCAGACCCAGAACUGCGAAAAAAUACUCACAGAGUCCAGAUCUGACACACUGAUGGAGGCAGAUGAUGAACCAUGAAGCUUUGUCUUUGUUGACUUAAUUUCUCUGUGUUUAAAUAAAGUCAAUAUUAAUAAUAUUUAUGAUGAUGAUAAAGGAGGACAUGGAUUGAAAAUGGCUGUUGUGUGUUUCAGUGAGGAGGACUCUGAAGAGCGGCCUCAGUCUGGAUGUGGUUCAGGCUCUGGGACUGAACAACAAGACAGCCGACAAGGUCUGA